GAGUGCGAGGAACACCUCUCGACUUGCGGCGUGUCGGCCCCGCUACUGCAUCGCUGCAGUGCGGUUUCGGGACGAGACAGCCGUGGCUCCAGCAGCCAUGGCGACUGCCAAAAUGAAGCUACAGUUACUAUUACCGCUAGUCUUGUGGAUAUCACUAACCACAACAAACGUACAUUCCUACGGUGGGAUCGGAUCCGGUGCGAAACGCGAGAUAUUCUUCCUGAACCUGGAAGACGGAUACUUCGGAUGCCAGGUGAACGAGUCGACGGACGUGCUGCAGCUGUACGAGCUGUCCAAGCUGUGUGACGGCAGCCGGGACUGCUUCCAGGGCUCGGACGAGCUGCGCCAGGAACUCAAGUGCACGACGGACUGCGGCAAGGAGGAGGGCGUCAAGUGCCAGAACGGCGCCUGCCUGGACUCGCAAUGCCACUGCAACGACGGCUUCGGCGGCUGCGGCUGCGAGGUGCCCGACGAGAACGAGUGCAAGUUCAGGCCGUGCGAUGUGUUCGCGCACUGCACCAACACCCUGGGCAGCUUCCACUGCACCUGCUUCCCGGGCUACGCCGGCGACGGCUUCUCCUGCCAAGAUAUCGAUGAGUGCCAAGAUCCAGCGGUGGCAGCGAGAUGUGUCGAGAACGCCGAGUGCUGCAAUCUACCGGCGCACUUCGUGUGCAGGUGCAAGCCGGGCUUUCAGGGCGACGGCGAAGCGCUGUGCACGGAUAUCGACGAAUGUCAACAGCCAGACUCGUGUGGAAUCAACGCCAAGUGUCAAAAUGUACCUGGAAAUUACACAUGUUCCUGUUUGGAAGGUUUUGUCGGCAACCCUUACGAUGGGUGCGUCGACGAUAACGAAUGCGAGGACCAGACCGCCUGCGGACCGGGAGCGAUAUGCACCAACAUCCCCGGGGGGAAGAAGUGUGAGUGUCCGGCCGGCUACGAGGGGGAUGCGUACCGCACAGGGUGCGCUGACACGGACGAGUGUGCGCGCACGCCGUGCGGCCGGGAUGCCCUGUGCUCCAACAUGGACGGCACUUUCCGCUGCUCCUGCCCCCCGGGAUACGUGGGAGACCCCAUGGAUGCCUGCGCAGAUGUGGACGAGUGUCGCUCGGGCCCAUGCGGGCCCCAGGAAGAGUGUCGAAACACUGCUGGUAGCUUCGAGUGCCUGUGCCCGGCGGGCUUCUCGAGGCAGGCCGGUCAGCAGUGCGCGGACGUCAACGAGUGCAGCCGCGCUAACGCCUGUGGCGUCAACGCCAAGUGCUUGAACGUGCCGGGCUCAUACAAGUGCCUCUGCCCGCUCGGCUUCACGGGCCACGGGGACUUGUUCUGCGAAAAUGUAAAUGAAUGCAAGAACAACCCAUGUGGAGAAAAUGCAGUGUGUACAGAUACUGUUGGAAGCUUCAUUUGCUCAUGUAAAGAAGAUUACACUGGUGACGCGUACAGGGGGUGUGUUGACAUCGACGAGUGCGAGGCGCUGGAGAGGCCGUGCGGCACGAACGCCGUGUGCGAGAACUCGGUGCCCGGCUACAACUGCCUGUGCCCGCAAGGCUACACGGCCAAGCCGGAGGCGAGCGUGGCGUGCGAGCAGGUGGACGUGAACAUCCUCUGCAAGUCCGACUUUGACUGCGUCAACAACGCGGAGUGCGUCGACGGCCAGUGCUUCUGCCGGGGCGGGUUCGAGGCCCGCGGGGCGGCGUGCGCAGACGUGGACGAGUGCGCUGCGCAGCCGUGUGGCCCCCACGCCGCUUGCUCCAACACCCCGGGAGGCUACCACUGCGAGUGCGAGGCAGGCUACGUGGGCGCUCCCCCCAGGAUGAAGUGCAAAGCUCCGUGUGAAGAUGUCAAGUGUGGUCCGCACGCCUUCUGCAAGCCGAACGAACAGGAAGCAUAUUGUAUCUGUGAAGAUGGCUGGACGUUCAACCCUAGUGACAUUGCAGCAGGCUGCCUUGACAUAGAUGAGUGCGACAAGGUGAAUGGACCGUCCGGCCGCUGUGGCAACAAUGCUCUGUGCACCAACACUCCGGGUGGAUUCGAGUGCCAGUGUUCUGCUGGGUACUCAGGGAACCCGUUCAAGCAGUGCUUAGAUAUCAACGAGUGCAGCCAGCCUGGAGUGUGUGGCGCUGGUGCGUUGUGCCGGAACACACCGGGGUCGUACGUGUGCCAGUGUCCCGAGGGAUCUGUUCCGAGUCCCGACCCCAAGGUUAAGUGCGUCGGCAUUGUCACUUGCAACACCGACCAAGACUGUCCUGGGAACGGCAUUUGUGACAACAAGAAGAGGUGCCUUUGUCCGGAGCCAAAUGUGGGAAAUGACUGCCGACAUCCAUGCGAGACAGUGUUCUGCAGUCCCAACGCACAGUGCAUGCUGAUAAACAACGAAGCCAAGUGCAUCUGCAGGGACGGCUACACAGGCUCAGUGUCUGCGGGAGGCUGCAAUGACAUAGACGAGUGUGCCGGCAAGCCCUGCCCGCCUGGGGCAGUCUGCAAGAACGAGCCCGGCAGCUUCACGUGCGAGUGUCCCGGAGAGUUCGGCGGGGAUCCUUACCGGGGAGGCUGCACCAAGUCAGACUUGCCCUUCAGCUGCUCCAAGGAGAAGCCGUGUCCCAGCGGCGAGCAGUGUGUCACGGACGACUUCUUGGGGACGAGUGUGUGCAUCUGCCAGAGGGGCUACCUGCGAGACCCGGCGACCGGCAAGUGCCGAGACAUCAACGAGUGCGUGGAGCUCCGGGAGAAACCUGCCUGCGGACUGAACGCACUCUGCAAGAACUUGCCCGGCAGUUACGAAUGUCAAUGUCCUUUGGGCUUCAGUGGGAACCCCUUCUUUCUUUGUGAAGAAUGCAACACUCUGGAGUGUCAGUGCCAGCCACCCUACCAGAUAGUUGGAGGUAACUGUGUUCUGGCUGGCUGUUCAAAAGGCGAGAAGUGUCCUUCAGGAGCGGAGUGCAUCACCAUUACUGGCGGAGUCAGCUAUUGUGCGUGCCCCAAGGGGUACAGGACACUGCAAGAUGGAUCGUGCCAAGACGUGAAUGAGUGCGUGGAGAGCUACCACGUGUGUGGUUACGGUGCGGAGUGCAUCAACAAGGCGGGCUCGUACCAGUGCGAGUGCCCCAAGGGAUACAGCGGGGACCCGUACCACGGCGUGUGCUCCCCGGACCAGGUGCGCUGCAUUGGGGACGCAGACUGCUCGCCCAAUGAGAAGUGCGUGCAGCCUGGCGAGUGCGUCUGCCCGGCACCGUUCUUCAGCGACACCUCCGACAGUAACAAGUGCAAAAGUCCAUGUGAGAGAUUCCCAUGCGGUAUCAAUGCAAAAUGCACACCAAGUGAUCCUCCCAGGUGCAUGUGCCUGACCGGCUAUAAAGGAGACCCUAUGCACGGAUGUAUUGACGUUGAUGAAUGUGCUGAUAAUCCAUGUGCAUACGGUGCUCACUGCUUAAAUGAAAAAGGAGGUUUCAAGUGUGUGUGUGCUCACGGAAUGACCGGAGAUGCAUAUAAGUCUGGAUGUGUGGGUACUAUGGCACCGAAAGGUGAAUGCUCGAGAAACAACGACUGUCCCGCGCAACUCGCUUGCUCCGGAGGAGCAUGUGUUAAUCCAUGCGACAUUUUGCCAUGCGGACCCAAUGCCUACUGCGAGGCAGACAAGCACGCAGCGUGGUGCCGCUGUGCAGUUGGCUACAAGGAAGCUGCUAAUGGAGAAUGUGUUGCAUUGUGCAGUGACGUGAUCUGCGGCCAGAACGCGGUGUGCAUCCCGACUUCGCUCGGGCCGACCUGCGCCUGCUUGGAGGGCUUCAUGGGCAACCCGUUCCCCGGGGGCCUGUGCAUGCCGGACGUCUGCUCGCCCACCAACCCGUGCAUGGAGCCCAGCGUGUGUGUGUCGGGCCGCUGCAAGCAGAGCUGUAAGGGAGUGGUGUGCGGCGUGGGAGCCACCUGCGACUACAACACCAACGCCUGCGUCUGCAACCCCUUCUUCGUCGGCAACCCGGACAUCCUCUGCAUGCCUCCGGUCAUUGCGCCGGCCUGCUCGCCGGGCUGCGGCACCAACGCCCACUGCGAGUACGGGCUGGUGAACCGGUGCGCGUGCAACCCGGGCACGAGUGGCAACCCCUACGAGGGCUGCAGCGUGCAGGAGAGGAGGUCGUGCUCCACUGCCGUCUGUGGCGCCGGCGCCCAUUGCCGGGAGGGCAUCAACUCCAUCGAGUGCUUCUGCCCGCCCGGCUUCGGAGGCAACCCUUACGUGCUCUGCGAAGAUGUGGAUGAAUGUAGCAGAAGUGCUUGUGGGAACAAUGCAGUAUGCAUCAACACCCUGGGCAGCUAUGACUGUCGUUGUAAGGAAGGCUUUGCUGGCAAUCCCUUUGUGGGCUGUCAGUCUGUCGGUCAUGAAGUGUGCAACAACCCUGUCACUUGCAAAUGCAGUCAAGAUGUUCCGUGCCCCUCAGGGUUUACAUGCAAAAAUGGCCAGUGCAAGAAUCUAUGUGCAAACGUCAAGUGUGGACCAGGCGCUAUAUGUGACGGUGGGAAGUGCACGUGCCCAGCAGGCUUCUCUGGAGAUGGGUCUGACCUCGUUUCUGGAUGCAAGUUGCGAGGCCAAUGCCGCAAUGACUUGGACUGCAGACAAUCGGAAAUUUGCUUCCAGCUCGGUAAAGGUGUGCGCAAGUGUGUGGAUGCAUGUGGCAAGUUGCAGUGUGGUCCAAAUGCACUAUGUGUAGUUGAAAACCACAGAUCAUUUUGCAUCUGCACGGAUGGGUACGUGGGAAAUCCCAGUGACCUGGCUCUGGGCUGCCAGCCAGAGAGGUCGGUGCCUGUGGGAGAAUGCGAAAAAAGCAGUGACUGUAAAGGCAGCCAGGUGUGUGCCAUCACGUCUGAUGGCCGACAUGCCUGCGUGAAUCCGUGCGAUAAUGUGGCUUGUGGGCAAAACGAGGUAUGCCAAGUCGAUGUUAAAGGCCAUCCCACGUGUAACUGUCUGUCAGGGUUCGUGUGGAAUCCUGUAAGCUCUGUGUGUGAGAAGCCGGCUUUGCCAGAAUGUACGACCGACGACCAGUGUGACCAAGUGGCCGCCUGCCGGCCAGAUGCUCUGGGAGUGCUGAAAUGUGUCGCCGUCUGCUCGGAGUUCACCUGCCCCACUAACGCCAUCUGCUCGGCAGUAGCUCAUCACGGCCAGUGCCAGUGCCUGCCUGGGUACACCGGCAACCCCAACGAUCGCACCGGGUGCAAGCCGGCCAUCAAGGAUCAGUGUACUGUCGACGGCCAGUGCCAGGAAGCUGAGGUGUGCCGCAAAGACAGCAACAGCGGUCUCUUGAAGUGCAGACCAUCUUGCGACUUCGUUAAGUGUGGGCCUCACGCCGUCUGCGUCGUGAACAACCACGUGGCCCAGUGCCAGUGCCCUCCAGGUCCCUAUGCCGGAGAUCCCAAUGAUUUGGCAAACGGAUGCAGAACGGUACCGUGCGUCUACAACAUUGAUUGCCCCCCAACUCAACUCUGUAACCGCCUUACACACACCUGCUAUGAUGUUUGCGAGGAAGAUGCAUGUGGUACAAACGCAGUGUGCAUUGCGGAGGACCAUCGUGCAACCUGCCAGUGUCCUCCAGGAUUCCGCGGCAAUCCAGUUCCAGACGUAGAAUGUGUCCUGACUGAAGUAUGCAGCCCUAACCCUUGUCAUCCAACUGCCGUUUGUGAGGGAUCACCCUCCGGACACAUUUGCCGAUGCCCGCCGGGAUAUGUGGGCGAUGCCUUCACAUCAGGUUGUCGCCCUGAAGGCAACUGCCCCAGAGGUGAUGUGGACUGCCCACCGCAGUCUACUUGUAGGAAUGGGUGGUGCAUCAACCCGUGCGAAGGGGCGUGCGGCCCCAACGCGCUGUGCAACGUGGUAAACAGGAAACCAUUGUGCUCGUGCCCGCACGGAUUUGUCCCUGGACCAGCCGGUGCUGUUUCUGGAUGCCUCAGAGCCGUGUCCCAGUGCUCCGGCGACACGGACUGCAAGGGAGAUGUUUGCCAUAGUGGACAGUGUAAAGUGGUGUGUCGUAACGCGGAUGACUGCUCGUUAGGGGAGCGCUGUGUGCAGGGCAUGUGUCAGAUGCCUUGUGGGGGUCACCCGCAGUGCGCUGGAGGUCAAGCCUGCAUCAAUGGCUACUGCCAGAUAGGGUGCAGAGCAAGCAAGGACUGCCCUGCUGAUCAAGCAUGCAUCAAUAACAAAUGCCAAGAUCCAUGCAAACGCAAGGAAGUGUGUGGUCCCAACGCCAUCUGCCGCUGCGAGAACCACGCCACCCAGUGCCACUGUCCCGAUGGUUUCUCCGGCAACCCGGUGCCGCAGCAAGGCUGCAUACGCGUGCCCAAGCCGUGCGGCAGGCCGUCCGACUGUCCGGCCGGCCACAGCUGCUCGGCCAGCACCUGCGUGCUGCCGUGCAACCGGACGGAGCAGUGUGCCGUGGGGGAGCGCUGCGACGACAGGACGUGCGUCAAAGUGUGCUACGGCGACAGCAACUGCCUGGCGGGAGAGGUGUGCUUGGAUGGCACGUGCCGGCCGGGCUGCGGCUCCGACCAGGACUGCCGCGCCAACCAAGUCUGCAUUCGCGGCAUGUGCAGGUGCGGCAGUGGAUUUAAGACCGGACCGAAAGGCUGCCAGGACAUCAACGAGUGUGAAGACAGCCCGUGCCACCCCAGUGCCCGGUGCUCCAACAUCCCAGGCUCGUAUCGUUGCAUGUGUCCCGAUGGCACGGUCGGCGACCCCUUCCUGGAGCCAGGGUGCCGGACUCCGGACCAGUGCUCCCAGCACGUCGACUGCAGCGAUGCACUUGCUUGCGUGCGGGGCCGCUGCAGUGACCCGUGCACCCUCGCUGGGGGCACAAAGUGCGGGCCUUCUGCCCUGUGCAACGUCUUCGACCACGUGGCGACGUGCGUGUGUCCCGCCGGCCACCUCGGGGUGCCUGCCGACACCAAGAUUGGGUGCUUCAAGGUGGAGUGCAUAACCAGCGAAGACUGUGGCCUGAACAAGGUCUGCGACAGCCAAACCAACAAGUGCGGCAGUCCAUGUGACAAAGCAAAUUGUGGUAAAGGCACUUGCACUGCAAAGAACCAUGAAGCAAUCUGUGUUUGCUUUGAUGGCUACAGUCUGGUCAAUGGGAUAUGCAUUGAUAUCGAUGAAUGUCUCCAGAAUCCAUGCCAUAAAACAGCCGUAUGCAAGAACAGUCCGGGCAGCUUCUCGUGCUCGUGCCCGGACGGCCUCAUCGGGGAUGCGAUGGGGACGGGCUGCAGGAACCCCGGGGACUGCUUCACGCACUCCGACUGCCCCGCCAGCGCCGCGUGCGUGGACAACCGCUGCCGCAACCCGUGCGACGAGCCAGGGGUGUGCGGCCGCAACGCGGACUGCAGCAGCCAGGCUCACAUGCCCACGUGCACCUGCCCGGCGCGGACCAGGGGCGACCCCAAGGUGGAGUGCAAGAGGCUGGAGUGCUCCGACAGCAACGACUGUGCUGCGGAUAAGGCGUGCGUGGACUCGCGCUGCGUCGACCCCUGCUCGCUGGCCAACACGUGCGGGCAGCAGGCGGACUGCACCCCGGCGAACCACCUGGGCGUGUGCUCGUGCAUGCCGGGCCACACGGGGAACCCGCGCCUGGGCUGCGUGCCCGUGCAGUACUGCGCGGCCGACUCCCAGUGCCCGGCCAGCACCAAGUGCACCAGCGGCAUUUGCACCUCAUUGUGCUCCAGCUCUCGAGAGUGUAUUGGAGACCAGCUGUGUAUCCAAGGAGCCUGCCAACCGACCUGUAAAUCCAACGACAGUUGUCCGCAGUUCCAAUAUUGCCAGAACAGCAUUUGUGUUCAGGAGGUGAAGUGUCGCUCCGACGAAGAUUGCGGUGAUGCUGAGAAGUGUCGUGAAAAUGGUGUUGGUCAGGCGGAGUGUGUGAACGCGUGCAACGACCGGGUGCUGUGUGGGAGGAACGCGGAGUGCGCCGCGAGGAACCACGAGGCGGUCUGCACGUGCAAGUCGGGCUACCAUGGCAACCCGCAGGACGAGAGGAUGGGCUGCGAGCUGACCGAGUGCACCAGCAGCGAGCAGUGCUCCAGCGACAAGCUGUGCGAGGACUUCAAGUGCAAGAUAGCCUGCCUCACUCGCAAUCCCUGCGGCGAGAACGCCCUCUGCUCGGCGGAGAACCACAAACAGGUUUGCUACUGCCAGCCGGGCUACACGGGCAACCCACAGACGGGCUGCCAGCUCAUAGACUUGUGCGAGAGGAGGCCGUGCGGCCCCAAGGCGCAGUGCACCAACGCACGAGGCUCCUACAAGUGCAGCUGUCCCCUGGGACUGGUCGGAGAUCCAUACGUGGGCGGCUGCCAGCCCCCUGCGGAGUGUAGCAAGGACCAGGACUGCCCGGAUGCUGCCAAGUGUGUGCAGUCUAAUGGGAUUCCCAAGUGCAAAGGAGCUUGUGAGAACACAGUAUGUGGACCCAACGCAGAGUGUGUUGCGAAGAGCCAUCAAGCUGCAUGUAAGUGCCGGAAUGGUUACGAAGGAAAUCCAGUGGACCAGAGAGUGGGCUGUCGGCCAAAGCCUGUUCCUUGUCGAGCAAACUCAGACUGUGCAGCAAACACUUACUGCUAUGCUGAAAUUUGUCGUGCACCGUGCCAGUCAGAUAAGGAGUGCAGCCUGACGGAGCAGUGCCUGAAGGGACAGUGCCAGAACCCAUGUGACAGGCCCGGGGCGUGCGGCAUGAACGCAGAGUGCCGUAUCCUGAACCACCAGAAGUCCUGCAGCUGCCCGGCUGGUUUCACCGGGAACCACAGCGUUGAGUGCGUCAGAAUUCCUGUGGCAUGUGACUCCAACACUGACUGCUCUCGAAACAACACAUGCAGGGACGGUAUGUGUUUGCCUGCUUGCGCUUCUUCCGACAACGAGUGUGCUCUCAAUGAGAAGUGCCUCAGAGGAAACUGCAUGCUGACGUGUCGAGUGGACAACGACUGCUUCUUGGGCCACAUCUGCCUGCACAACAUGUGCGUGUUUGGCUGUCAUGCUGACGAGGACUGCAGCGCAAGCGAAACUUGCCGCGACAACCGGUGUGCCAACCCGUGCGCCCCCAACCCAUGCGGGCCGAACGCCGUGUGUACCGUCUCCAAUCAGCGGGCGAGCUGCUCCUGCAGCCCAGGGCUGGUUCCCAACCCCACGGCCAAGGUGGCGUGCGUGCGGGCCCCGGCGGGGGCGUGCAGUGAGAACAGGGACUGCCCCGGCGGCAACAAGUGCCUGGCCGGGGUCUGCCUGCCGGUGUGCUCGUCGGAGGCGGGCUGCCUGGGCAACGAGCGCUGCGACGCGGGGGCCGGGGUCUGCCGGCCGCUGUGCCGUCGCGACCAGGACUGCCGGUCGGGGGAGAUGUGCGAGGGCCUGGUGUGCAGGAUCGGCUGCCGCAGCGAUGCCGGCUGCCCGGGCGGCAAGGCCUGCGUCAACAGCCAGUGCAUCGACGUGUGCUUGUCUCCCACGGCUUGCGGCACGAACGCUGUGUGCACGAUGAAGGGUCACCAGAAGGAGUGCUCGUGCCGUGCCCCGCUGACUGGGGACCCGAGUGUCGGCUGUCGACAUCCCGCCACCUCCUGUCAGGCCCAGAAGGACUGUGUCUCAUCGCAGAAGUGCCAAGGUGGCCUGUGCCAGGCAAUCUGUUCCAGGGAUGCUGACUGCUUGUCAGACGAGCGUUGUGUUACCGGCAUCUGCCAGACGGUGUGCAACAGUGAUGCUAAGUGUGGGCUCAAGCACAUCUGCGAGAACCGACUGUGCGUGCCGGGUUGCAGAAGUGACACUGUGUGCACUGAUAACCAAGCCUGUAUCGAUCGGACGUGCAAAAAUCCGUGCGAAGGCUCGACCAUUUGCGGCUCCUGCGCGGUAUGCCAGGUGGUGAACCACGGCAUUCAGUGCAGCUGUCCCACGAACUUCUUCGGCAAUCCCCUGAUCGGUUGCUCGAGGCCGCCGGUGCGUUGCGGCUCUCCCGGCUGCUCGGACUGCGACGGGGCGGGCUACUGCACCAAGGGCUGCCGGGCCGGCGAGGACUGCGCUUGCGGGGAGGUGUGCGCCGGCGGAAAGUGCCGGGCCAAGUGCAGUGGUGCCAGCGUGUGCGCGCAGGGGUACGUAUGUGACAAUGGUGUGUGCUUGGCCGGCUGUCGUGCACACAAGGAUUGCCCCAACGACCGGGCGUGCGUGAACAAGCAGUGUAGCGAUCCUUGCGCCAAGGGCCUCUCGCCGUGCGGGAAGGGUGCUUUGUGCCGUGUGUCGGAGCACCGAGCCGUGUGUCUUUGUCCCGAUGGGUUCCAAGGAGAGCCGACCCAAGCGUGCUCACGGUACGAGUGCGCUCGGGAUGAGGACUGUGAGCCCAGCAAGACGUGUGGCAAGAACGGAGUGUGCCGCAACCCCUGCUUGGAGGCCGGCAGUUGUGGCAAGAAUGCGCAGUGCCGCGUCGCUCAGAGGCGGGCUCAGUGUUCCUGUCCCCCGGGGUACUUCGGCAACCCCCUGGUGGAAUGCAAGCAAGGUGGCAAUGAAGCGUGUCUCCGCAACCCUUGCGGAGAGAAUGCCAAGUGCCGUGACACUGGUGGUGCUGGGUUUGAAUGCACGUGCAUGUUAGGCUGCUCUGGAGAUGCGUACAAGGGCUGCGUGUGCGACAAAUGCCAAGACAAGGAGUGUGGAUUGAACGCAGCCUGUCGCAUGUCCGGAGGCCAGUCUGAGUGCUACUGCCCACCCCAGUAUCCUGUAGGAAACCCGUAUAAGCAGUGCAGACCGGAGCAGACCACGAGUGACUGCCGCACCAAGGGCUGCGGUAAGGGUGCAGAGUGCCUGCGCGAGGGCUUGGCCUUUGUGUGCCGAUGCCCGCCAGGUAUGAGAGGAAGACCCGACGUUGAGUGCAGGCCAGAAAAUGUGUGUGCCAGCGACAAUGACUGUCCCAACGAGAAAGCUUGCGUGAACAAACAGUGCAUAGACCCUUGCACGUUGAGAGGAGCUUGCGGGACGAAUGCUCUGUGUCGGCCGGUGCUGCACAAACCGAGAUGUUCGUGCCCGCAGUGCUAUGUCGGAAUGCCACACGAAGCAUGCACUCCGGAACCUAAAUGUGAGAAAAUCGCCACCAGACCGAACCAGCCGGCUGCAGGCUGCGCGCAUGACAAUGACUGUGGAGAUCACUUGGCUUGCAACCGUGCCACGAAGGAUUGCCAAGACCCUUGUCGCACCAUGCUCUUUGCUUGCGAUGCCAACAAGAAGUGUGAAGUGCGCAGACACAAGCCCAUGUGCGUGUGCAAGUCGGGUUUCGUGGUAAACGACAUGGGCGAGCUGACAUGUGCUCCAGAGCACUCUGACUGUUCCCACGACCAAGAGUGUGCAUCAAACCUGGCAUGCAUCGAGAGCAAAUGCGAGAACCCGUGCACCGCGCUCCGCAAGCCCCCGUGCUCGGCAGACAAAGCCUGCGACGUUCUAGACCACAAGCCUGUGUGCAUCUGUACCCGUGACUGUAACCCCACGCUGUCCAUCUGCUUGCGAGACAACGGCUGCCCUGCCCACUUGGCAUGCCGAGGAUACCGCUGCAUCGACCCUUGCGCUAACGUCACCUGUACCGACGAUGCCCCGUGCUACGUGGAGGAACACAAACCAGUCUGCAAGUUCUGCCCUGCAGGAUAUGUCACUGACUCACAAUAUGGAUGCUUGAAAGCGGUGAGCUGCAGGAACCACGACGCCUGCCCGGCGCUGCUGGCCUGCAUCGGCGGCAAGUGCCAGAACCCCUGCAGCGUGGCCAGCCCUUGCAAGGGGCAGGAGGACUGCCAGGUGCAGAAGCACCAGCCCGUCUGCGUCAAAGUAUGCCAGUGUCAGAGAAAUGCAGAGUGUCAACCGGGUCUGAAAUGUGAUGGUUGCAACUGUGUAGCUCGGGAGCCGGUUGUCACUGGCUGCGAACACUGUCAGCCAGGAUAUCUGUGCGAGCCAUCUACAGGUGCCUGCAUCAAAGUGAGUUGCACUAGCGACGAUGAUUGUCCACUGACGGAAGCUUGCAUCAGUGGGAAGUGUCAACCUCCGUGCGAUGUUCACAAUCCAUGUGCAGCCAACGCAGUCUGCAUCAAUGCAAACCAUGCAUCUGACUGCAGUUGCGCCGAAGGUUUCCACGGCAACGGCUUCGUCGGCUGUCUGACAGUCGCUUCGAUGGGCUCCGUUUGUCAGUACAAUGAAGACUGCCCUCCAAACAAGCUGUGUGAUCGUCUGAACCGCGUGUGCAUCAGUCCCUGUCUGGAGGACUCCUGCGGGGACAAUGCAGAAUGCUUCCCCGUGAACCAUGCAUCGGAGUGUCGCUGCCUCCAGGGAUUCUCUGGGAACCCGUACACAGAGUGUGGCCGAGUGUCUGGAUGCCAGCGUAACGAAGAUUGCCAGUCGAAUGAAGCAUGUGUCAGUGGAACGUGCAAGAACCCGUGUCGCUGUGGCGUGAAUGCAGUGUGUGAUGUCGUCAAUCAUGUGGCAUCAUGCAAGUGCCUGCCGGGUUACACCGGCAAUGCUGCCACAGCUUGCCAAGGGUCAAGCAAUCCAUGUGAUCCAAAUCCAUGCGGCACAAAAGCUAUUUGUGAGAUUGACAAUGGCAACCCCAUUUGCUUCUGUCCAAAGGGAAUGACAGGAAAUCCAUUUAAGAAUUGCAUUCCAGAAGGCAGCGCCUGCUCGCCGAACCCUUGCGGGCCGAACUCCGGCUGCAGGAUGGUGAGCGGCAGCCCGCUGUGCUUCUGCCUGCCCGAGUACGAGGGCAGCCCUCCGGCCAAGCCCUGCACCCUGCCCUCCAACCCCUGCGAGCCGUCACCCUGCGGGCCCAACACCCAGUGCGCCGUCCUGAGCAACGGCUUCGCCAAGUGCACCUGCCUGCCGGGGUACUUGGAGAGCCCCAACACCAUCCGGGGCUGCGUGGAGCGUCGCAACCCCUGCGAGCCCAGCCCUUGCGGCUCGGGCGCCGCGUGCGACACCAACAGGGACCCCCCGUGCUACUGCCCGGCCCCGACCGUCGGCAACCCCUACCGCAACUGCAGAGAGCCGGUGAAGACCCUGUGCCAGCCAGGACCUUGCGGAAAGAACGCAGACUGCUACGUCAGCAACGGUCUGGAGCAGUGCUACUGCAAGCCGGACCACACGGGAGACCCGUACUCAGGCUGUCAGCUGCAGGCGAAGAGCCCCUGUCAGCCCAGCCCGUGCGGCCCCGGCGCAGAGUGCGUCGUGACCGCGGAGGGCCACUCGAUGUGCGUGUGCCCGCGAGGCACGUCCGGGGACCCGGCGGGGCCGGCCGGCUGCCGCGGGCCCGAGUGCAGGACGGACGACGACUGCUCCUCGCAGCGGGCGUGCAUGGGCUACAAGUGCCGCGACCCCUGCCCCGGCGCCUGCGGGGUGGGUGCAUCCUGUCGCGUGGAGAAGCAUCACCCCGUCUGCACGUGCAAACCAGGCCUUAUCGGCAGUCCUGUCAUUCGCUGUUCCGCUAAGCCAGUGCCUCCUCCAAGUGGUGACCCCUGCUACCCGAGUCCUUGCGGAGCCAACACUCACUGCCAGGUGAUGGCAGGAAGGGCGGUUUGCUCGUGUAUGGCGAACUUCCUGGGCGACCCGCAGACCGGGUGCCGCCCCGAGUGCACCCUCAACUCCGACUGCCCCGCGGACAAGGCCUGCCUGGAUCGCCGGUGCAAGAACCCAUGCUCCGUGGGCGCUCUGUGCGGCCUCAGGGCAAAGUGCACUGUCAGGGAGCACACUGCCAUCUGUUCCUGUCCACCGGGAUACUUCGGAGAUGCGUUCACCCAGUGUGUGGCCAGACCGCUCCCCAGCCCGUCGAACGCAUCCAACCCGUGCGUGCCGUCCCUUUGCAAGCCGGGCGUGCAGUGCAUUGCGCACAAGGGCACGGUGGCCAUGUGCGUGGGCUGUGGCUACGGCGGCCUCCCGACCUCCUGCAGACCGGAGUGCCUCGCGCACUCGGACUGCAGCUUCAACCAGGCGUGCCUGAACAAGCACUGUGGCGACCCGUGCCAGGGGGCGUGCGGGAUCAACGCCGAGUGUGUCGUCAUCAACCACAACCCGGUGUGCAGCUGUGCCAAAGGGCUGGUGGGCAACCCCUUUGAGCACUGCUCUCGUCCACCAACAGCGGAAGAGAAGACAGAGACGUGUGACAGGCGACAGUGUGGUUCGAACGCAGUCUGUCGAGAGCGGAAUGGUGCGGUUGUGUGCGAGUGCCAGUUGGGUUACUUUGGGGACCCAAACAUGGGAUGUCGUCCGGAGUGUGUCCUCAACUCGGACUGUGACGCAACCCACUCCUGCAUCAACAACAAGUGCACCAAUCCUUGCACAGGAGUGUGUGGCCUUAAUGCAGAAUGCCAGCCUGUCAACCACAUACCGGUGUGCUACUGCAAGACUGGUCACACAGGUGAUCCUUUUGUCAGCUGCUUCCCCUUCAAACCAGUGACAGGCGUGGAGAGGCCCAGCAACCCUUGCGACCCGUCUCCGUGCGGGCCCUUCAGCCGCUGCCUGGUGUCGCCCCAGGGCCAUGCCUCUUGCUCCUGCGUCCCCGGCUACCUGGGCUCGGUCCCGGCUUGCCGGCCCGAGUGCAUGGUCAGCUCCGACUGCCUGCUGACCCACGCUUGCGUCAACCAGAAGUGCGUGGAUCCUUGCCCGGGAACGUGCGGCAUCGGUGCGAGAUGCACCGUCACCAACCACAACCCGAUAUGCAGCUGCCCGCCCGGCCAGCAGGGGGAUCCCUUCGUCAGCUGCUACAUUCCAGACGAAGCCGCCAAGGUGCCGAAGAACCCGUGCAACCCGACGCCGUGCGGGCCCAACUCGCUGUGCCAGGUGAAGCAAGGCCGCCCGGUGUGCUCGUGCGUCGCCAACUACUACGGCAGCCCUCCGUUCUGCCGGCCCGAGUGCGUCCUGAAUCAGGAAUGCCCCCGGGACAAGGCGUGCAUGAACGAGCGGUGCGUCAACCCAUGCCAGGACACGUGCGGUGCCAACGCCAAGUGCGAUGUGGUGAACCACACGCCGUACUGCAGCUGCCUGCCCGGUCACCAAGGGGAUGCCUUUGUUGGUUGCUCCAAGAUACCGACAGUUGUCACACCUCCGGUGACGUAUGACCCGUGCCACCCCUCGCCCUGCGGGGAGAACGCCCAGUGCGCGGCCCAGGGCGGAGCGGCUCGCUGCACCUGCAUCCCGCCGUAUGUGGGCAACCCGUACUCUGGCGGCUGCCGCCCGGAGUGCGUCAUCAACUCGGACUGCUCCAGCCACCUGGCCUGCCUGUCCGGCCACUGCCGCAACCCCUGCCAGGGGCUGUGCGGCGUGAACGCCCGGUGUGAUGUCGUGAACCACGUUCCCGUGUGCUCCUGCCUGCCGGGCCACACCGGCGACCCGUUCCAGUCCUGCCGCCGCGAAGCCACCACAGCGCUGCCACCGAAGAACCCGUGCGACCCGUCGCCAUGCGGACCAAACAGCGUGUGCCGAGUGGUGAACGGGCACUCGGUGUGCUCGUGCCAGGCCGGCUACCUCGGCAGUCCCCCGUCGUGCCGGCCGGAGUGCAUGGUGAGCGCCGAGUGCCCCCAGCACAGGGCCUGCAUCAGGCAGAAGUGCCAGGACCCGUGCCCCGGCACGUGCGGUGCGGAAGCUCGCUGCCAGGUCGUCAACCACAACCCCAUCUGCAGCUGUCCUCGGGGCUUCACGGGCGACCCGUUCUCGCUGUGCGUGCGUGAAGCGCCCGGGCCGGUGUUGCUGGAGAACCCCUGCAUGCCGUCGCCGUGCGGGAUGAACGCGGACUGCCGUGUGGUGGAGGGCCGGCCCGUGUGCUCGUGCCUGGUGGGCAUGCUGGGGGCCCCGCCCAACUGCCGUCCCGAGUGCCUCAUCCACCAGGACUGCCCGACCCACCUGGCCUGCCUGCGCAACAAGUGCGUGGACCCGUGCGCGGGCUCGUGCGGCCUCAACGCCCGCUGCUCCGUGCACAACCACCAGCCCGUGUGCGCCUGCGACCCGGGUCAUGAGGGCGACCCCUUCUCCGGCUGCAACCCCGUCCCAGCGCAGCCUGUGGAGGCCCCACGACACCCUUGUAGCCCGUCGCCGUGUGGCUCCAACGCCCUCUGCCGAGAGAGGAACGGGGCCGGCUCUUGCUCGUGCCUACCGCAGUAUUUCGGUGACCCAUACACCGGCUGCCGGCCGCAGUGCGUUCUCAGUACCGACUGCCCCCGCGACAGAGCGUGCAUCGGGAACAAGUGCCGAGACCCGUGCCCGGGGACGUGCGGCCUCAUGGCUCAGUGCCGAGUGGCCAACCACGUGCCUUCCUGUACCUGUCUGCCUGGCUUCACUGGUGAUGCUUUGCGCGCUUGCUCUCCUGUGCCUGCUACGAGCGUGGCAACCGCCCCCUCGCAGUCAACUAACCCCUGCGUGCCGUCGCCGUGCGGGCCGUACAGUACUUGUCGCGUGGUGGCGGCACACCCCGUGUGCUCCUGCCAGCCGACGUGCCUCAGCUCGCCCCCGUCUUGCCGGCCGGAGUGCCUCGUUAGCUCCGACUGCCCCCUGAACAGAGCGUGCGUCGGCCAGAGGUGCCAGGACCCUUGCCCCGGCACCUGCGGCUUCAGCGCUCGCUGCCAAGUCGUCAACCACAACCCCAUCUGUAGCUGUUUGCCCGGCUUUACCGGUGACCCUUUCUCCAGGUGCAUCCAGCAGCAGAAGUGCCCCACAGUGCCGAGCGGCAACCCUUGCGUGCCCUCUCCUUGCGGGCCCAACUCGCUGUGCCGUGCUAUCGGCAGCCAGCCGGCGUGCACCUGCUUGCCCGGGUACGUGGGGCGUGCUCCCAACUGCCGGCCCGAGUGCACGCUCAGCGCCGAGUGCCCGCGCCACUUGGCGUGCGUGCGGGAGCGCUGUCGGGACCCUUGCCCCGGCUCGUGUGGCCCGCUCGCCACUUGUAGGGUGGUUAACCACGCGCCGGUGUGCACCUGUCUGCCGGGACACACAGGGGACCCGUUCACAGGCUGCAGGCUGCUUCAAAUUUCGACACCAGUAACGGUGAGCAUGAGAGAGCCGUGCAACCCAACCCCGUGCGGAGCGAACGCCCUGUGCAGGGAGCGCCACGGGGCAGGUUCGUGCACCUGUGUGCCAGGGUACUCUGGCGACCCGUAUACGGGCUGCCGGCCCGAGUGCGUGCUCAACGCAGACUGCCCCCGCAGCAAGGCGUGCGUCAGCAAUAAGUGCGUGGAUCCGUGCCCCGGGACGUGUGGCGUGAAUGCCGUCUGCUAUGUCGUCAAUCAUGCCCCGUCCUGUAGCUGCUCUCCCGGCCACACUGGAGACCCUCUCAACAUCUGUCUCCCGGUGCAAAUUAUUCCGGCACAGAAAGAGGAAACUCACGUGAGGAACCCCUGCCAGCCGUCCCCUUGCGGGCCCAACAGCGUGUGUCGUGCCACCCAGGGCCACGCCGUCUGCUCCUGCAGGCAGGGGUACUUUGGAGGUCCGCCCAACUGCCGCCCGGAGUGCCUUGUCAGCGCAGAAUGUCCCCAGGACAAAGCGUGCAUUGGCCAAAAGUGCCUGGAUCCGUGCCCCGGCACAUGUGGAUAUAAUGCCCGCUGCCAAGUGGUCAACCACAACCCCAUCUGUAGCUGUGCCCGUGGCUUCUAUGGCGAUCCCUUUGUCAAAUGUCUUAAAGAAGAAAAGCGGCCUCCAGUGGUGGAGAGCAGAAACCCUUGCGUUCCGUCCCCGUGCGGCCCCAACUCUCACUGCAAGGCCGUGGGGAACACGCCCGCCUGCUCGUGCUUGCCCAACCACGUGGGCCGGCCGCCCAACUGCCGGCCCGAGUGCUCCAUCGAUGCAGAGUGCCCUGGCAACCUGGCCUGUCAGUGCGAGAGGUGUAGGGACCCGUGCCGUGGCUCGUGUGGCAUUAACACCCGCUGCACGGUGGUCAAACACCGGCCCAUGUGCUUCUGUGAGGCCGGCUUCACGGGAGACCCCUUUGCCGGGUGCUCUCUCGUCGCUCAGUUCAUUCCACCUGUGGAGUCACCACGAGACCCAUGCAACCCAUCACCGUGUGGUGCAAACGCAGUGUGCAAGGAACGUAACGGGGCAGGCUCAUGCAUCUGUCUGCCGGAGUAUCAGGGCGACCCUUACACAGGCUGUCGCCCAGAGUGCGUUCUCAACACAGACUGCGACAAGACCAGAGCCUGCGUGAACAAUAAGUGCCGAGACCCGUGCCCCGGUACCUGUGGCCUGAACGCAAAGUGUCGAGUUGUUAAUCACGCACCUUCCUGCAGUUGCCUGCCGGGACACACGGGCAACCCUCUCUCUGGCUGUCAUCUUCCUCCUUCCACACCAAGGCCCGCCCUCAGAAACCCUUGCCAGCCCUCGCCAUGCGGAACCUACAGCGAGUGUCGCGUGGUGAGCGGUCACGCGGUGUGCUCGUGCCAGGCCAACUACGUAGGCUCCCCGCCUUCGUGCCGGCCCGAGUGCGUGGUUAGCGCGGACUGUCCGCAGGACAGAGCGUGCACCGGCCAGAGGUGCCGGGACCCCUGCCCCGGCACGUGCGGCAUUAACGCCCGCUGCCAGGUCGUCAACCACAACCCCAUCUGUAGCUGUCCGCCUGGACUCACGGGGGACCCUUUCCAGCGCUGUCUCAAGCAGCAGACUCCCCCCGCACGCCAGCCUCCCAGCGGUAACCCUUGCGUGCCGUCCCCUUGCGGUCUAAACUCCCAGUGCCGUGUAGUCGGCAGCACCCCGGCCUGCUCCUGCCGGCCGGGCUACGUGGGGCGCGCCCCCAACUGCAGGCCCGAGUGCACCAUUAACGCUGAAUGCCCCAGCAACCUUGCUUGCCAGAACGAGAAGUGCACUGACCCGUGCCCGGGCUCCUGCGGGUUCCAUGCCGCGUGCCGUGUCAUCAAGCACGCCCCGGUGUGCAUGUGCGAGCCUGGCUACACCGGCGAUCCGUUUCUCGGUUGCUCCGUCGUGCCGAUCACCCAACCUGUGGAAACACCACGAGACCCAUGCAACCCAUCACCGUGUGGUGCAAACGCAGUGUGCAAGGAACGUAACGGGGCAGGCUCAUGCAUCUGUCUGCCGGAGUAUCAGGGCGACCCUUACACAGGCUGUCGCCCAGAGUGCGUUCUCAACACAGACUGCGAUAAGACCAGAGCCUGCGUGAACAAUAAGUGCCGAGACCCGUGCCCCGGUACCUGUGGCCUGAACGCAGAGUGUCGAGUUGUUAAUCACGCACCUUCCUGCAGUUGCCUGCCUGGACACACGGGCAACCCUCUCUCUGGCUGUCAUCUUCCUCCUUCCACGCCACCCGAGGUUCCGCGAGGUAAUCCGUGCCAGCCGUCGCCAUGUGGCCCGUACAGUCAGUGUCGAGUGCAGAACGAGCAUGCCGUGUGCUCGUGCCUGUCUGGUUACAAGGGCAGCCCUCCGUCUUGCAAGCCAGAGUGCAUAGUGAGCACGGAAUGUCCUCAGAACAGAGCGUGCGUUGGGCAGAAAUGUGUGGAUCCUUGUCCGGGCACGUGUGGCGUGAAUGCACGCUGCCAGGUGGUGAACCACAAUCCUAUCUGUAGCUGUUCCCCCGGGUUCACAGGCGAUCCCUUCGUGAACUGCCAGAAGGAGAAGACGCCCCCCGCACGCCAGCCUCCCAGCGGUAACCCUUGCGUGCCGUCCCCUUGCGGUCCAAACUCCCAGUGCCGUGUAGUCGGCAGCACCCCGGCCUGCUCCUGCCGGCCGGGCUACGUGGGGCGCGCCCCCAACUGCAGGCCCGAGUGCACCAUUAACGCUGAAUGCCCCAGCAACCUUGCUUGCCAGAACGAGAAGUGCACUGACCCGUGCCCGGGCUCCUGCGGGUUCCAUGCCGCGUGCCGUGUCAUCAAGCACGCCCCGGUGUGCAUGUGCGAGCCUGGCUACACCGGCGAUCCGUUUCUCGGUUGCUCCGUCGUGCCGAUCACGCAACCUGUGGAAUCACCACGAGACCCAUGCAACCCAUCACCGUGUGGUGCAAAUGCAGUGUGCAAGGAACGUAACGGGGCAGGCUCAUGCAUCUGUCUGCCGGAGUAUCAGGGCGACCCUUACACAGGCUGUCGCCCAGAGUGCGUUCUCAACACAGACUGCGACAAGACCAGAGCCUGCGUGAACAAUAAGUGCCGAGACCCGUGCCCCGGUACCUGUGGCCUGAACGCAGAGUGUCGAGUUGUUAAUCACGCACCUUCCUGCAGUUGCCUGCCGGGACACACGGGCAACCCUCUCUCUGGCUGUCAUCUUCCUCCUUCCACGCCACCCGAGGUUCCGCGAGGUAAUCCGUGCCAGCCGUCGCCAUGUGGCCCGUACAGUCAGUGUCGAGUGCAGAACGAGCAUGCCGUGUGCUCGUGCCUGUCUGGUUACAAGGGCAGCCCUCCGUCUUGCAAGCCAGAGUGCAUAGUGAGCACGGAAUGUCCUCAGAACAGAGCGUGCGUUGGGCAGAAAUGUGUGGAUCCUUGUCCGGGCACGUGUGGCGUGAAUGCACGCUGCCAGGUGGUGAACCACAAUCCUAUCUGUAGCUGUUCCCCCGGGUUCACAGGCGAUCCCUUCGUGAACUGCCAGAAGGAGAAGAUUCCUGAAGUGCGUCCCUCUGGAAACGCAUGCGUACCUUCUCCCUGCGGCCCUAACUCUCAGUGCAAAGUGGUGGGCACUCAGCCAGCAUGCUCUUGCUUGCCCAACUAUAUUGGUCGGGCACCGAACUGCAGGCCAGAGUGCACGACGAACUUAGAGUGUGCUGGCAACAUGGCCUGCCAAAACGAGCGAUGUGUAGACCCUUGCCCUGGUACCUGCGGCCGCCAGACUACGUGCGUUGUUGUCAAACACACACCUCUGUGUUACUGUGUGGUUGGUUACACUGGUGACCCUUUUACUGGCUGCACCAAGAUCGUCGAAGUGCCACAGGUUACGGAAGGACCCAGGAACCCUUGCAACCCUUCACCUUGCGGGGCGAACGCGGUGUGCAAAGAACGAAAUGGAGCCGGAUCUUGCGUGUGUCUGCCGGAAUAUCACGGUGAUCCGUACACUGGCUGCAGGCCGGAGUGUGUAGUCAACUCGGACUGCGACCGCAGUUUGGCCUGUCUCAACAACAAAUGUCAGGAUCCUUGCCCUGGAAAAUGUGGCCGGAAUGCAGAGUGCAAGGUCAUCAACCACGCGGCUACAUGUGCUUGUCUGUCUGGGUACUCUGGAGAUCCUAUGACUGCAUGCGUCCUGCAGGAACCAAUCGAAGCUGAGAAGCCUAAGAACCCGUGUGAACCAUCACCGUGUGGUCGAAACAGCCAGUGCCGAGCUAGUAAUGGGCACGCUGUGUGCUCGUGCUUAGUGGGUUAUGUCGGCUCACCGCCGUCUUGUCGACCAGAGUGUGUUGUUAGCAAUGACUGCCAACCGAACAGGGCUUGCGUGAACCAGAAAUGUGUUGACCCGUGCCCGGGCACGUGUGGUGUGGGUGCCCGCUGCCAAGUUGUGAACCACAACCCUAUUUGUAGCUGCGCACCAGGUUUCACGGGAGAUCCUUUCAAGAGGUGUCUCAGACAGCCGGCCACAACUGCAGCUACCCCGGUCACCAACCCCUGUGUGCCUUCCCCCUGUGGUCCCAACUCGCAGUGUCGGGUGGUGGGCACGCAGCCCGCCUGUUCCUGCCUGCCCAACUACGUGGGGCGCGCACCCAACUGCCGACCCGAGUGCACGGUGAACACCGACUGUGCCAGUAACCUCGCCUGCCGAGACCUCAAGUGCACGAACCCCUGUCCCGGCUCGUGCGGGGCCCAGGCCCUGUGCACUGUCAUAAACCACAACGCUGUCUGCACUUGUCCUCAAGGCUACGUCGGCGACCCCACCUUGUUUUGCUCGCCGGCACCCGCAUCAACAACCGAGCGAACGCUGCCCGCCAAUCCGUGCGUGCCGUCCCCCUGUGGAGCGAACGCAGAGUGCCGAGAAAGGAAUGGUGCGGGAGCGUGCUCUUGCCUGCCGGGAUACGAGGGUGACCCGUACGGCAGCCCUGGCUGUCGGCGGGAAUGUGAGACCAGCAGUGACUGCGUAGCCCAGCGAGCGUGCGUGGGGUACAAGUGUGUGGACCCGUGCCCUGGGACAUGUGGCGUAGGGGCAGACUGCCAUGUGAUCAACCAUGUGCCCACGUGCAACUGCCUGGCCGGGUUCACGGGCGAUCCGUUUGCCUCCUGCCGGCCCAUCCCUGCAACAACUCCACAAAGCUUACCACAGGACCCUUGCCAGCCGUCGCCUUGCGGUCCGAACAGCCAGUGUCGCAACGUGAACGAGCAAGCCGUGUGCUCUUGUCUGCACAACUACGUGGGAACUCCUCCGUCGUGCCGGCCCGAGUGUGUGGUCAGCUCUGAAUGCACGCUCGACAAGGCCUGCAUCAACCAGCGCUGUGCGGACCCGUGCCCCAACACUUGCGGUGUUGGCGCCCAGUGCACCACAAAGAACCACAACCCCAUCUGUGCCUGUCCACCGAGUUUCACUGGAGACCCUUUCACCAAGUGCUUUUUGCAACCAACAACACCGGCACCCGUAACAGAGAGAACACCAUCGUGCUACCCGAGCCCUUGCGGACCGAACUCUCAGUGCCAGAUGAUUGGCAGCAGCCCUGCGUGCUCGUGCCUGCCAGACUACGUGGGCUCGCCUCCAGACUGCCGGCCGGAGUGCGUGCUGAGUGCCAACUGCCCCAGUCAGCAGGCCUGCAUGAAGCAGCGCUGCCGGGACCCUUGUCCGGGCUCCUGCGGCUACAACGCCAUGUGCACCGUGCUCAACCACGUGCCUGUUUGCACGUGCAACGAGGGCCACACGGGAGAUCCGUUCACCCAGUGCAAUCCGAUCCCUCUCACUCCGACCCCGUCCACUCCGCCCGAGGAUCCCUGCGUUCCGUCCCCGUGCGGCCCGAACGCGGUGUGCAGACCGGGCGGCGUGUGUGAGUGCCUGCCCGACUACCAGGGCAACCCGUACGAAGCAUGUCGUCCGGAGUGCGUCCUCAACACCGAGUGUCCCAGAGACAGGGCUUGCCUGCGCAACAAGUGUCGUGACCCAUGUCCCGGCACUUGCGGUCAGAACGCUCGCUGCGACAUAGUCAAUCACAUACCCGUCUGUUCCUGCGACGAAGGCUUCACCGGUGAUCCAUUUUCGAAUUGCCGUGAAAUGCCAAAAGCUCCAGCUCCUAGAGUGGACCCAUGCCAGCCUUCUCCCUGCGGACCGAACAGCCAGUGCCGCACGGCAGACGACCAUGCUGUGUGCUCGUGCUUGCAAGGCUACAUGGGAGCUCCUCCGUCGUGUCGGCCCGAAUGCGUGGUCAGCUCGGAGUGCUCACUGACCCGUGCGUGCGUUAACAACAAGUGCCAGGACCCGUGCCUGGGUUCGUGUGGGCUGGGCGCUCGCUGCGAGGUCAUCAACCACAGCCCCAUCUGCAGCUGCCGUCCGCACCAGACGGGUGACCCCUUCAAGAGCUGCUAUGACAUACCAGCUGAGCCGUUGGUGCCGGUGCAGACCGAGCCGUGCCUGCCGUCCCCGUGCGGACCCAACUCGCAGUGCCGGGUGGCGGGCGCCAGCCCCGCCUGCUCCUGCCUCCCCGGCUACGUGGGCUCGCCGCCCAACUGCCGGCCCGAGUGCGUCAUCAACCCCGACUGCCCGACCAACCAGGCGUGCAUCAACAACCGCUGCAGCGACCCGUGCCCCGGCUCCUGCGGCACCAACGCCGAGUGCCGCGUCGUCAGCCACGCUGUCACCUGCGUGUGCUUCCAGGGCUACACCGGCGACCCGUUCGUGCAGUGCUCCGUCCAGAAACAGGAAGUAUCCAACCCUUGCGAGCCGUCGCCGUGUGGCGCGAACGCCGAGUGCAAGCAGAGGAACGGGGCCGGGUCGUGCAGCUGCAUCGCGGGCUACCAAGGCAACCCCUACGAGGGCUGCCGGCCGGAGUGCGUGCUCAGCUCGGACUGCCCCACAGACAGGGCCUGCAUACGCAACAAGUGUCAGGAUCCCUGCCCGGGAGUGUGCGGCCGAAAUGCGGAAUGCUCCGUCAUCAAUCACGUGCCGACCUGCACCUGCUCCCAGGGCUUCAUCGGCAACCCGUUCACCUCGUGCAACGUGCAACCUCCAGUGGUGGUGACAGCAGCAACAGUAGCAGACCCAUGCAGCCCUUCCCCGUGCGGGCCCAACAGCCAGUGCCGCGAAGUGAGCGGCCAGGCCGUGUGCUCAUGCCAGCAAGGAUACAGUGGAGCGCCGCCGAACUGCCGGCCUGAGUGCGUCGUGAACUCCGAGUGUCCGCAGAACAGAGCCUGCCACAAGUUCAAGUGCACAGACCCGUGUCCCGGCACGUGCGGUGUUGGGGCCAGCUGCGAGGUCAUCAACCACUACCCCAUCUGCAGCUGCCGCGCCGGCAUGACGGGCGACCCGUUCGUGAGGUGCUACCGCGAGCAGCCCAAGCCCUCCGUUCCCGCGCCCAAGCCCGCCAACCCCUGCCAGCCCUCCCCGUGCGGCCCUAACUCCGAGUGCAGGGUGGUCGGGGACCAGCCUGCCUGCUCCUGCCGAAACAACUACAUGGGCUCGCCGCCCAACUGCCGGCCCGAGUGCGUGGUCAACACCGACUGCGCCUCCACGCAGGCGUGCAUAUCGGAGAAGUGCCGCGACCCGUGCGAUGGCUCCUGUGGGUUUAGUGCCGAGUGCCGUGUGCAGAACCACAUUCCCAUCUGCACCUGCCAGAAGGGCUACACGGGAGACCCUUUCACCCAGUGUUCACAGAUAAUUGAGCCACCCUCACCGAAACCAACGGAUCCGUGCAACCCAUCACCUUGUGGCUCGAAUGCCAACUGCGAUGGGGGCUCAUGCACGUGCUUGCCCAACUACUUCGGCGACCCGUACGUGAGCUGCCGGCCAGAGUGCACCAUGAACUCGGACUGUGCUCGCGACAAGGCGUGCAGUAAUCAGCGCUGCAUGAACCCAUGCACGGGUACCUGUGGGCAAGGCGCUCGCUGCGACGUCGUCAACCAUAUACCCACCUGCAGCUGCCCAGAAGGCUUUGUGGGCGACCCGUUUGUGCAGUGCCGGGAAGCUCCCAAACAAGAGGCGCCUCAAAAGCCGUGCGAGCCCUCGCCGUGUGGCCCGAACAGCGUGUGCAGGGAAGUGGACGGCCACGCAGUGUGCUCUUGCCUCCCUGGCCUCGUGGGCAGCCCUCCGUCCUGCCGCCCCGAGUGCGUGGUGAGCGCCGAGUGCCCCCUCACCCUGGCCUGCCUCACCAACAAGUGCCAGGACCCGUGCCCCGGCACUUGCGGGGUGGGGGCGCGUUGCAACGUCGUCAACCACAACCCCAUCUGCAGCUGUGCCUCGGGCAACACCGGGGACCCGUUCACGCGGUGCUAUCCGUUACCAGCGGAACCUCGCCCGAACGUUCCGGAAAACCCGUGCCAGCCGUCGCCGUGCGGUCCAAACGCGGAGUGUCAGGUCCGAGGGGAAAACCCCGCCUGUUCGUGCUUGCAGAACUACAUUGGCUCGCCGCCAAACUGCCGACCCGAGUGUACGAUAAACCCAGAGUGCGCGGCUCACCUCGCGUGCGUGAACCAAAAGUGCGUGGACCCGUGUCGAGGUUCUUGUGGAACGAACUCUCGCUGCUCGGUGGUGAACCACACUCCAGUCUGCCGGUGCAACCCUGGGUUCAAUGGCGAUCCCUUCAUCAACUGCUACCCAGCACAAGCUGAGGCGGUAUCACAGAAGCCCACCCCGUGUGAGCCAUCUCCUUGCGGUCCGAAUGCAGUUUGUAGAGAGAGAAAUGGCGCUGGAGCAUGCAGCUGUUUGCAAGAUCACAUAGGCAACCCGUACGAAGGUUGCCGUCCGGAGUGUCUGUUGAACUCGGAUUGCGCCCCCAACAGGGCAUGUGUUCGCAAUAAGUGUGAGGACCCCUGCCCGGGAACUUGUGGGCAAAAUGCAGAUUGUACAGUCAGGAAUCAUCUUCCUUCGUGUACAUGUCGCAUAGGAUAUGAAGGAGAUCCAUUCAGGUUUUGCAGACAUCAGCCACCACCACAGUUGCCAGAAAUAAAAAAUCCAUGCAAUCCAUCUCCUUGUGGACCGAACAGUCAGUGUCGAGAAGUGAAUGAACAGGCAGUGUGCUCAUGCCUGCCAACAUACAUCGGCAGUCCGCCGGGCUGUCGGCCAGAGUGCGUUGUGAGCUCGGAGUGUCCACAGAACAGAGCAUGUGUCAACCAGAAGUGUGUGGAUCCUUGCCCAGGAACAUGUGGUUUGAAUACUCGCUGCGAAGUGAUUAACCACAGUCCAAUAUGUAGUUGCAGACAAGGUUUUACAGGAGAUCCAUUUUUGAGAUGCUAUCACAUCCCACCACCUCCGCCAGUUCAGCCAGCCACUCCUGUGAUAAGGGACCCGUGUGUGCCAUCUCCAUGUGGACCAAACUCCCAGUGCAGAGAUAUUGGAGGAGGACCUUCAUGCUCCUGUCUACCUAACUACAUGGGCAGUCCUCCCAACUGUCGGCCAGAGUGUGUCAUUUCCUCGGAGUGCCCCAGCAACAAGGCUUGCAUGAGAGAGAAGUGUCGAGAUCCAUGCCCAGGAUCUUGUGGCGCAGGGGCCCAGUGCAAUGUCAUCAACCACACUCCGGUGUGCACAUGUCCUGAAGGAUACACAGGAGACCCGUUCACCAACUGCUAUCCCAAACCACCACCACCUGCAGAGGCAACCCCCAGCGACCCUUGCAAUCCAUCUCCCUGCGGCUCCAAUGCACAAUGUGCAGAUGGUGUUUGCACGUGUCUGCCUGAGUACCAAGGAGAUCCGUACUCUGGCUGCCGACCUGAAUGCGUCCUCAGCACCGAGUGUCCGAGAGACAAGGCCUGCAUUCGAAACAAGUGUUCUGAUCCUUGUCCAAGAACAUGUGGCCAAGAUGCCAUUUGCGAUGUUGUGAACCACGUUCCAAUGUGCAGCUGUCCUCAAGGAAAAUCUGGGAAUCCUUUUGUUCAGUGUAGGCCAGUUCAAGCUCCGGUUGUAGUGAAUCCUUGCAAUCCAUCGCCAUGUGGACCGAACAGCCAGUGUCGGGAAAUAAACGGCCAGGCAGUGUGCUCUUGCGUGCCGGGCUACAUUGGAAGUCCACCAGCAUGUCGACCAGAAUGUGUUGUGAACUCUGACUGCAACUUGAACGAGGCUUGUUCGAACCAGAAGUGCAGGGACCCUUGUCCUGGAACUUGUGGUGUUGGUGCUCGCUGCCAGGUCAUCAACCACAAUCCAAUCUGCAGCUGCCCACCUCGCUACUCUGGAGACCCAUUCCUCAGAUGCACACCAAUACCGGACACCCCUCAGCCGCCACCUGUGAAUCCAUGCCAGCCUUCUCCGUGUGGCCCUAAUGCUCAGUGCCAGGUAGCAGGGGAUAGCCCUUCGUGCUCGUGUUUGCCAGAGUAUAAGGGCUCUCCACCGAACUGCAGGCCUGAGUGUGCCAGCAACAGCGAGUGUGCCAGCCACCUGGCAUGUAUCAACCAGAAGUGUCGAGAUCCUUGUCCAGGACUGUGUGGAGCAAAUGCAGAGUGCAGGGUGGUUAGCCACACUCCAACGUGUGUUUGUGCUAUUGGCUACACAGGAGAUCCAUUUACAACUUGCGCACUGCAGCAGUUGCAACAACUUCCUCAAGAAAGACCAACUCCAUGUAUUCCAUCACCGUGUGGAGCUAAUGCAGUGUGCAGAGAACAGAAUGGAGCAGGUUCAUGCACAUGCCAGCAGGACUAUGUUGGCAACCCUUACGAGGGCUGUCGACCGGAGUGUGUUCUGAACACGGACUGUGCUUCCAACAAGGCAUGCAUCAGAAACAAAUGUCAGGACCCGUGCCCAGGAACAUGUGGUCAGAAUGCAGACUGUCAGGUGGUGAACCAUCUGCCUUCUUGCACGUGUCGUCCAGGCUACACAGGGGAUCCAUUCCGAUACUGCAACGUUCAGGCUGUGGAACCCGUUGUAGCAGAACCUGGAGAUCCUUGCAGUCCGUCUCCUUGUGGACCCAACAGUCAGUGUCGAGAAGUGAAUGGACAGGCAGUGUGCUCAUGCCUGCCAACAUACAUCGGCAGUCCACCGGGCUGUCGGCCAGAGUGCGUUGUGAGCUCGGAGUGUCCACAGAACAGAGCGUGUGUCAACCAGAAGUGUGUGGAUCCUUGCCCAGGAACAUGUGGCUUGAAUACUCGCUGCGAAGUGAUCAACCACAGUCCAAUAUGUAGUUGCAGACAGGGUUUUACAGGAGAUCCAUUCUUAAGAUGCUAUCCCAUACCACCACCUCCGCUAGUUCAGCCGGCCACUCCUGUGAUAAGGGACCCGUGUGUGCCAUCUCCAUGUGGACCAAACUCCCAGUGCAGAGAUAUUGGAGGAGGGCCUUCAUGCUCCUGUCUACCUAACUACAUGGGCAGUCCUCCCAACUGUCGACCAGAGUGUGUCAUUUCCUCGGAGUGCCCCAGCAACAAGGCUUGCAUGAGAGAGAAGUGUCGAGAUCCAUGCCCAGGAUCUUGUGGCGCAGGGGCCCAGUGCAAUGUCAUCAACCACACUCCGGUGUGCACAUGUCCUGAAGGAUACACAGGAGACCCGUUCACCAACUGCUAUCCCAAACCACCACCACCUGCAGAGGCACCCCCCAGCGACCCUUGCAAUCCAUCACCCUGCGGCUCAAAUGCACAAUGUGCAGAUGGUGUUUGCACGUGUCUGCCUGAGUACCAAGGAGAUCCGUACUCUGGCUGCCGACCUGAAUGCGUUCUCAGCACCGAGUGUCCCAGAGACAAGGCCUGCAUUCGAAACAAGUGUUCUGAUCCUUGUCCAGGAACAUGUGGCCAAGAUGCCAUUUGCGAUGUUGUGAACCACGUUCCAAUGUGCAGCUGUCCUCAAGGAAAAUCUGGGAAUCCUUUUGUUCAGUGUAGGCCAGUGCAAGCUCCGGUUGUUGUGAAUCCUUGCAAUCCAUCGCCUUGUGGACCGAACAGCCAGUGUCGGCAGAUAAACGGCCAGGCAGUGUGCUCUUGCGUGCCGGGCUACAUUGGAAGUCCACCAGCAUGUCGACCAGAAUGUGUUGUGAACUCUGACUGCAACUUGAACGAGGCUUGUUCGAACCAGAAGUGCAGGGACCCUUGUCCUGGAACUUGUGGUGUUGGUGCUCGCUGCCAGGUCAUCAACCACAAUCCAAUCUGCAGCUGCCCACCUCGCUACUCUGGAGACCCAUUCCUCAGAUGCACACCAAUACCGGACACCCCUCCGCCACCACCUGUGAAUCCAUGCCAGCCUUCUCCGUGUGGCCCUAAUGCUCAGUGCCAGGUAGCAGGGGAUAGCCCUUCGUGCUCGUGUUUGCCGGAGUAUAAGGGCUCUCCACCGAACUGCAGGCCUGAGUGUGCCAGCAACAGCGAGUGUGCCAGCCACCUGGCAUGUAUCAACCAGAAGUGUCGAGAUCCUUGUCCAGGACUGUGUGGAGCAAAUGCAGAGUGCAGGGUGGUUAGCCACACUCCAACUUGUGUGUGUGCUAUUGGCUACACAGGAGAUCCAUUUACAACCUGUGCCCUGCAACAAUUGCAGCAACUUCCACAGGAAAAGCCCACACCAUGCAUUCCAUCACCGUGUGGAGCUAAUGCAGUGUGCAGGGAACAGAAUGGAGCAGGUUCAUGCACAUGCCAACAGGACUAUGUUGGCAACCCUUACGAGGGCUGUCGUCCAGAGUGUGUUCUGAACACAGACUGUGCUUCCAACAAGGCAUGCAUCAGAAACAAAUGUCAGGACCCGUGCCCAGGAACAUGUGGUCAGAAUGCAGACUGUCAGGUGGUGAACCAUCUGCCUUCUUGCACGUGUCGUCCAGGCUACACAGGGGAUCCAUUCCGAUACUGCAACGUUCAGGCUGUGGAACCCGUUGUAGCAGAACCUGGAGAUCCUUGCAGUCCGUCUCCUUGUGGACCCAACAGUCAGUGUCGAGAAGUGAAUGGACAGGCAGUGUGCUCAUGCCUGCCAACAUACAUCGGCAGUCCGCCGGGCUGUCGGCCAGAGUGCGUUGUGAGCUCUGAGUGUCCACAGAACAGAGCGUGUGUCAACCAGAAGUGUGUGGAUCCUUGCCCAGGAACAUGUGGUUUGAAUACUCGCUGCGAAGUGAUCAACCACAGUCCAAUAUGUAGUUGCAGACAGGGUUUUACAGGAGAUCCAUUCUUGAGAUGCUAUCCUAUACCACCACCUCCGCCAGUUCAGCCAUCCACUCCUGUGGUGAGGGACCCGUGUGUGCCAUCUCCAUGUGGACCAAACUCCCAGUGCAGAGAUAUUGGAGGAGGGCCCUCAUGCUCCUGUCUACCUAACUACAUGGGCAGUCCUCCCAACUGUCGACCAGAGUGUGUCAUUUCCUCGGAGUGCCCCAGCAACAAGGCUUGCAUGAGAGAGAAGUGUCGAGAUCCAUGCCCAGGAUCUUGUGGCGCAGGGGCCCAGUGCAAUGUCAUCAACCACACUCCGGUGUGCACAUGUCCUGCAGGAUACACAGGAGACCCGUUCACCAACUGCUAUCCCAAACCACCACCACCUGCAGAGGCGCCCCCCAGCGACCCUUGCAAUCCAUCUCCCUGCGGCUCAAAUGCACAAUGUGCAGAUGGUAUUUGCACAUGUCUACCCGAGUACCAAGGAGAUCCGUACUCUGGCUGCCGACCUGAAUGCGUUCUCAGCACCGAGUGUCCCAGAGACAAGGCCUGCAUUCGAAACAAGUGUUCUGAUCCUUGUCCAGGAACAUGUGGCCAAGAUGCCAUUUGCGAUGUUGUGAACCACGUUCCAAUGUGCAGCUGUCCUCAAGGAAAAUCUGGGAAUCCUUUUGUUCAGUGUAGGCCAGUUCAAGCUCCGGUUGUAGUGAAUCCUUGCAAUCCAUCGCCUUGUGGACCGAACAGCCAGUGUCGGGAGAUAAACGGCCAGGCAGUGUGCUCUUGCGUGCCGGGCUACAUUGGAAGUCCACCAGCAUGUCGACCAGAAUGUGUUGUGAACUCUGACUGCAACUUGAACGAGGCUUGUUCGAACCAGAAGUGCAGGGACCCUUGUCCUGGAACUUGUGGUGUUGGUGCUCGCUGCCAGGUCAUCAACCACAAUCCAAUCUGCAGCUGCCCACCUCGCUACUCUGGAGACCCAUUCCUCAGAUGCACACCAAUACCGGACACCCCUCCGCCACCACCUGUGAAUCCAUGCCAGCCUUCUCCGUGUGGCCCUAAUGCUCAGUGCCAGGUAGCAGGGGAUAGCCCUUCGUGCUCGUGUUUGCCGGAGUAUAAGGGCUCUCCACCGAACUGCAGGCCUGAGUGUGCCAGCAACAGUGAGUGUGCCAGCCACCUGGCUUGUAUCAACCAGAAGUGUCGAGAUCCUUGUCCAGGACUGUGUGGAGCAAAUGCAGAGUGCAGGGUGGUUAGUCACACUCCAACUUGUGUGUGUGCAAUUGGCUACACUGGAGAUCCAUUCACAUAUUGCGCACUGCAGCAGUUGCAGCAACUUCCUCAAGAAAGGCCCACACCAUGCAUUCCAUCACCGUGUGGAGCUAAUGCAGUGUGCAGGGAACAGAAUGGAGCAGGUUCAUGCACAUGCCAGCAGGACUAUGUUGGUAACCCUUACGAGGGCUGUCGUCCAGAGUGUGUUCUGAACACGGACUGUGCUUCCAACAAGGCAUGCAUCAACAACAAAUGUCAGGACCCGUGCCCAGGAACAUGUGGUCAGAAUGCAGACUGUCAGGUGGUGAACCAUCUGCCUUCUUGCACGUGUCGUCCAGGCUACACAGGGGAUCCAUUCCGAUACUGCAACGUUCAGGCUGUGGAACCCGUUGUAGCAGAACCUGGAGAUCCUUGCAGUCCGUCUCCUUGUGGACCCAACAGUCAGUGUCGAGAAGUGAAUGGACAGGCAGUGUGCUCAUGCCUGCCAACAUACAUCGGCAGUCCGCCGGGCUGUCGGCCAGAGUGCGUAGUGAGCUCGGAGUGUCCAAAGAACAGAGCGUGUGUCAACCAGAAGUGUGUGGAUCCUUGCCCAGGAACAUGUGGCUUGAAUACUCGCUGCGAAGUGAUCAACCACAGUCCAAUAUGUAGUUGCAGACAGGGUUUUACAGGAGAUCCAUUCUUGAGAUGCUAUCCCAUACCACCACCUCCGCCAGUUCAGCCGGCCACUCCUGUGGUGAGGGACCCGUGUGUGCCAUCUCCAUGUGGACCAAACUCCCAGUGCAGAGAUAUUGGAGGAGGGCCUUCAUGCUCCUGUCUACCUAACUACAUGGGCAGUCCUCCCAACUGUCGACCAGAGUGUGUCAUUUCCUCGGAGUGCCCCAGCAACAAGGCUUGCAUGAGAGAGAAGUGUCGAGAUCCAUGCCCAGGAUCUUGUGGCGCAGGGGCCCAGUGCAAUGUCAUCAACCACACUCCGGUGUGCACAUGCCCUGCAGAAUACACAGGCGACCCAUUCACCAACUGCUAUCCCAAACCACCACCACCUGCAGAGGCGCCCCCCAGCGACCCUUGCAAUCCAUCACCCUGCGGCUCAAAUGCACAAUGUGCAGAUGGUGUUUGCACGUGUCUGCCUGAGUACCAAGGAGAUCCGUACUCUGGCUGCCGACCUGAAUGCGUUCUCAGCACCGAGUGUCCCAGAGACAAGGCCUGCAUUCGAAACAAGUGUUCUGAUCCUUGUCCAGGAACAUGUGGCCAAGAUGCCAUUUGCGAUGUUGUGAACCACGUUCCAAUGUGCAGCUGUCCUCAAGGAAAAUCUGGGAAUCCUUUUGUUCAGUGUAGGCCAGUUCAAGCUCCGGGUGUUGUGAAUCCUUGCAAUCCAUCGCCAUGUGGACCGAACAGCCAGUGUCGGGAAAUAAACGGCCAGGCAGUGUGCUCUUGCGUGCCGGGCUACAUUGGAAGUCCACCAGCAUGUCGACCAGAAUGUGUUGUGAACUCUGACUGCAACUUGAACGAGGCUUGUUCGAACCAGAAGUGCAGGGACCCUUGUCCUGGAACUUGUGGUGUUGGUGCUCGCUGCCAGGUCAUCAACCACAAUCCAAUCUGCAGCUGCCCACCUCGCUACUCUGGAGACCCAUUCCUCAGAUGCACACCAAUACCGGACACCCCUCCGCCACCACCUGUGAAUCCAUGCCAGCCUUCUCCGUGUGGCCCUAAUGCUCAGUGCCAGGUAGCAGGGGAUAGCCCUUCGUGCUCGUGUUUGCCGGAGUAUAAGGGCUCUCCACCGAACUGCAGGCCUGAGUGUGCCAGCAACAGCGAGUGUGCCAGCCACCUGGCAUGUAUCAACCAGAAGUGUCGAGAUCCUUGUCCAGGACUGUGUGGAGCAAAUGCAGAGUGCAGGGUGGUUAGCCACACUCCAACUUGUGUGUGUGCUAUUGGCUACACUGGAGAUCCAUUCACAUAUUGCGCACUGCAACAAUUGCAACAACUUCCUCAAGAAAGACCCACACCUUGCAUUCCAUCACCCUGUGGAGCUAAUGCAGUGUGCAGAGAACAGAAUGGAGCAGGUUCAUGCACAUGCCAGCAAGACUAUGUUGGCAACCCUUACGAGGGCUGUCGACCGGAGUGUGUUCUGAACACGGACUGUGCUUCCAACAUGGCCUGCAUCAGAAACAAAUGUCAGGACCCGUGCCCAGGAACAUGUGGUCAGAAUGCAGACUGUCAGGUGGUGAACCAUCUGCCUUCUUGCACGUGUCGUCCAGGCUACACAGGGGAUCCAUUCCGAUACUGCAACAUUCAGGCUGUGGAACCCGUUGUAGCAGAACCCGGCGAUCCUUGCAGUCCGUCUCCGUGUGGACCCAACAGUCAGUGUCGAGAAGUGAAUGGACAGGCAGUGUGCUCAUGCCUGCCAACAUACAUCGGCAGUCCACCGGGCUGUCGGCCAGAGUGCGUUGUGAGCUCGGAGUGUCCACAGAACAGAGCGUGUGUCAACCAGAAGUGUGUGGAUCCUUGCCCAGGAACAUGUGGCUUGAAUACUCGCUGCGAAGUGAUCAACCACAGUCCAAUAUGUAGUUGCAGACAGGGUUUUACAGGAGAUCCAUUCUUGAGAUGCUAUCCCAUACCACCACCACCACCAGUUCAGCCGGCCACUCCUGUGGUGAGGGACCCGUGUGUGCCAUCUCCAUGUGGACCAAACUCCCAGUGCAGAGAUAUUGGAGGAGGGCCUUCAUGCUCCUGUCUACCUAACUACAUGGGCAGUCCUCCCAACUGUCGACCAGAGUGUGUCAUUUCCUCGGAGUGCCCCAGCAACAAGGCUUGCAUGAGAGAGAAGUGUCGAGAUCCAUGCCCAGGAUCUUGUGGCGCAGGGGCCCAGUGCAAUGUCAUCAACCACACUCCGGUGUGCACAUGUCCUGCAGGAUACACAGGAGACCCGUUCACCAACUGCUAUCCCAAACCACCACCACCUGCAGAGGCGCCCCCCAGCGACCCUUGCAAUCCAUCACCCUGCGGCUCAAAUGCACAAUGUGCAGAUGGUGUUUGCACGUGUCUGCCUGAGUACCAAGGAGAUCCGUACUCUGGCUGCCGACCUGAAUGCGUUCUCAGCACCGAGUGUCCCAGAGACAAGGCCUGCAUUCGAAACAAGUGUUCUGAUCCUUGUCCAGGAACAUGUGGCCAAGAUGCCAUUUGCGAUGUUGUGAACCACGUUCCAAUGUGCAGCUGUCCUCAAGGAAAAUCUGGGAAUCCUUUUGUUCAGUGUAGGCCAGUGCAAGCUCCGGUUGUUGUGAAUCCUUGCAAUCCAUCGCCUUGUGGACCGAACAGCCAGUGUCGGGAGAUAAACGGCCAGGCAGUGUGCUCUUGCGUGCCGGGCUACAUUGGAAGUCCACCAGCAUGUCGACCAGAAUGUGUUGUGAACUCUGACUGCAACUUGAACGAGGCUUGUUCGAACCAGAAGUGCAGGGACCCUUGUCCUGGAACUUGUGGUGUUGGUGCUCGCUGCCAGGUCAUCAACCACAAUCCAAUCUGCAGCUGCCCACCUCGCUACUCUGGAGACCCAUUCCUCAGAUGCACACCAAUACCGGACACCCCUCCGCCACCACCUGUGAAUCCAUGCCAGCCUUCUCCGUGUGGCCCUAAUGCUCAGUGCCAGGUAGCAGGGGAUAGCCCUUCGUGCUCGUGUUUGCCGGAGUAUAAGGGCUCUCCACCGAACUGCAGGCCUGAGUGUGCCAGCAACAGCGAGUGUGCCAGCCACCUGGCAUGUAUCAACCAGAAGUGUCGAGAUCCUUGUCCAGGACUGUGUGGAGCAAAUGCAGAGUGCAGGGUGGUUAGCCACACUCCGACUUGUGUGUGUGCUAUUGGCUACACUGGAGAUCCAUUUACAACUUGUGCCCUGCAACAAUUACAACUACCUCAAGAAAGACCCACACCGUGCAUUCCAUCCCCGUGUGGAGCUAAUGCAGUGUGCAGGGAACAUAAUGGAGCAGGUUCAUGCACAUGCCAGCAGGACUAUGUUGGCAACCCUUAUGAGGGCUGUCGACCAGAGUGUGUUCUGAACACGGACUGUGCUUCCAACAAGGCAUGCAUCAAUAACAAAUGUCAGGACCCGUGCCCAGGAACAUGUGGUCAGAAUGCAGACUGUCAGGUGGUGAACCAUCUGCCUUCUUGCACGUGUCGUCCAGGCUACACAGGGGAUCCAUUCCGAUACUGCAACGUUCAGGCUGUGGAACCCGUUGUAGCAGAACCUGGAGAUCCUUGCAGUCCAUCUCCUUGUGGACCCAACAGUCAGUGUCGAGAAGUGAAUGGACAGGCAGUGUGCUCAUGCCUGCCAACAUACAUCGGCAGUCCGCCGGGCUGUCGGCCAGAGUGCGUUGUGAGCUCGGAGUGUCCACAGAACAGAGCGUGUGUCAACCAGAAGUGUGUGGAUCCUUGCCCAGGAACAUGUGGUUUGAAUACUCGCUGCGAAGUGAUCAACCACAGUCCUAUCUGCAGCUGUAAACAAGGAUUCAUUGGAGAUCCAUUCUUGAGAUGCUAUCCUAUACCACCACCCACGCCAGUUAAACCAUCCACUCCUGUGGUGAGAGACCCGUGUGUGCCUUCUCCAUGUGGACCAAACUCCCAGUGCAGAGAUAUUGGAGGAGGGCCUUCAUGCUCCUGUCUACCUAACUACAUGGGCAGUCCUCCCAACUGUCGACCAGAGUGUGUCAUUUCCUCGGAGUGCCCCAGCAACAAGGCUUGCAUGAGAGAGAAGUGUCGAGAUCCAUGCCCAGGAUCUUGUGGCGCAGGGGCCCAGUGCAAUGUCAUCAACCACACUCCGGUGUGCACAUGUCCUGCAGGAUACACAGGAGACCCGUUCACCAACUGCUAUCCCAAACCACCACCACCUGUCGAGGCGCCCCCCAGCGACCCUUGCAAUCCAUCACCCUGCGGCUCAAAUGCACAAUGUGCAGAUGGUGUUUGCACGUGUCUGUCUGAGUACCAAGGAGAUCCGUACUCUGGCUGCCGACCUGAAUGCGUUCUCAGCACCGAGUGUCCCAGAGACAAGGCCUGCAUUCGAAACAAGUGUUCUGAUCCUUGUCCAGGAACAUGUGGCCAAGAUGCCAUUUGCGAUGUUGUGAACCACGUUCCAAUGUGCAGCUGUCCUCAAGGAAAAUCUGGGAAUCCUUUUGUUCAGUGUAGGCCAGUUCAAGCUCCGGUUAUAGUGAAUCCAUGCAAUCCAUCACCUUGUGGACCGAACAGCCAGUGUCGGGAGAUAAACGGCCAGGCAGUGUGCUCUUGCGUGCCGGGCUACAUUGGAAGUCCACCAGCAUGUCGACCAGAAUGUGUUGUGAACUCUGACUGCAACUUGAACGAGGCUUGUUCGAACCAGAAGUGCAGGGACCCUUGUCCUGGAACUUGUGGUGUUGGUGCUCGCUGCCAGGUCAUCAACCACAAUCCAAUCUGCAGCUGCCCACCUCGCUACUCUGGAGACCCAUUCCUCAGAUGCACACCAAUACCGGACACCCCUCCGCCGCCACCUGUGAAUCCAUGCCAGCCUUCUCCGUGUGGCCCUAAUGCUCAGUGCCAGGUAGCAGGGGAUAGCCCUUCGUGCUCGUGUUUGCCGGAGUAUAAGGGCUCUCCACCGAACUGCAGGCCUGAGUGUGCCAGCAACAGCGAGUGUGCCAGCCACCUGGCGUGUAUCAACCAGAAGUGUCGAGAUCCUUGUCCAGGACUGUGUGGAGCAAAUGCAGAGUGCAGGGUGGUUAGCCACACUCCGACUUGUGUGUGUGCUAUUGGCUAUACUGGAGAUCCAUUCACAUCUUGCGCCCUGCAGCAGUUGCAGCAACUUCCUCAAGAAAGACCCACUCCAUGCAUUCCAUCACCGUGUGGAGCUAAUGCAGUGUGCAGGGAACAGAAUGGAGCAGGUUCAUGCACAUGCCAGCAAGACUAUGUUGGCAACCCUUACGAGGGCUGUCGACCGGAGUGUGUUCUGAACACGGACUGUGCUUCCAACAAGGCAUGCAUCAGAAACAAAUGUCAGGACCCAUGCCCAGGAACAUGUGGUCAGAAUGCAGACUGUCAGGUGGUGAACCAUCUGCCUUCUUGCACGUGUCGUCCAGGCUACACAGGGGAUCCAUUCCGAUACUGCAACGUUCAGGCUGUGGAACCCGUUGUAGCAGAACCUGGAGAUCCUUGCAGUCCGUCUCCUUGUGGACCCAACAGUCAGUGUCGAGAAGUGAAUGGACAGGCAGUGUGCUCAUGCCUGCCAACAUACAUCGGCAGUCCGCCGGGCUGUCGGCCAGAGUGCGUUGUGAGCUCGGAGUGUCCACAGAACAGAGCGUGUGUCAACCAGAAGUGUGUGGAUCCUUGCCCAGGAACAUGUGGUUUGAAUACUCGCUGCGAAGUGAUCAACCACAGUCCAAUAUGUAGCUGCCGACAUGGUUUUUCAGGAGAUCCAUUCUUGAGAUGCUAUCCCAUACCACCACCUCCGCCAGUUCAGCCAUCCACUCCUGUGGUGAGGGACCCGUGUGUGCCUUCUCCAUGUGGACCAAACUCCCAGUGCAGAGAUAUUGGAGGAGGGCCUUCAUGCUCCUGUCUACCUAACUACAUGGGCAGUCCUCCCAACUGUCGACCAGAGUGUGUCAUUUCCUCGGAGUGCCCCAGCAACAAGGCUUGCAUGAGAGAGAAGUGUCGAGAUCCAUGCCCAGGAUCUUGUGGCGCAGGGGCCCAGUGCAAUGUCAUCAACCACACUCCGGUGUGCACAUGCCCUGCAGAAUACACAGGCGACCCAUUCACAAACUGCUAUCCCAAACCACCACCACCUGCAGAGGCGCCCCCCAGCGACCCUUGCAAUCCAUCUCCCUGCGGCUCAAAUGCACAAUGUGCAGAUGGUGUUUGCAAGUGUCUGCCUGAGUACCAAGGAGAUCCGUACUCUGGCUGCCGACCUGAAUGCGUUCUCAGCACCGAGUGUCCCAGAGACAAGGCCUGCAUUCGAAACAAGUGUUCUGAUCCUUGUCCAGGAACAUGUGGCCAAGAUGCCAUUUGCGAUGUUGUGAACCACGUUCCAAUGUGCAGCUGUCCUCAAGGAAAAUCUGGAAAUCCUUUUGUUCAGUGUAGGCCAGUUCAAGCUCCGGUUGUUGUGAAUCCUUGCAAUCCAUCGCCUUGUGGACCGAACAGCCAGUGUCGGGAGAUAAACGGCCAGGCAGUGUGCUCUUGCGUGCCGGGCUACAUUGGAAGUCCACCAGCAUGUCGACCAGAAUGUGUUGUGAACUCUGACUGCAACUUGAACGAGGCUUGUUCGAACCAGAAGUGCAGGGACCCUUGUCCUGGAACUUGUGGUGUUGGUGCUCGCUGCCAGGUCAUCAACCACAAUCCAAUCUGCAGCUGCCCACCUCGCUACUCUGGAGACCCAUUCCUCAGAUGCACACCAAUACCGGACACCCCUCCGCCGCCACCUGUGAAUCCAUGCCAGCCUUCUCCGUGUGGCCCUAAUGCUCAGUGCCAGGUAGCAGGGGAUAGCCCUUCGUGCUCGUGUUUGCCGGAGUAUAAGGGCUCUCCACCGAACUGCAGGCCUGAGUGUGCCAGCAACAGCGAGUGUGCCAGCCACCUGGCAUGUAUCAACCAGAAGUGUCGAGAUCCUUGUCCAGGACUGUGUGGAGCAAAUGCAGAGUGCAGGGUGGUUAGCCACACUCCGACUUGUGUGUGUGCUAUUGGCUACACUGGAGAUCCAUUCACAUCUUGCGCACUGCAGCAGUUGCAGCAACUUCCUCAAGAAAGACCCACACCAUGCAUUCCAUCCCCGUGUGGAGCUAAUGCAGUGUGCAGGGAACAGAAUGGAGCAGGUUCAUGCACAUGCCAGCAGGACUAUGUUGGCAACCCUUACGAGGGCUGUCGACCAGAGUGUGUUCUGAACACGGACUGUGCUUCCAACAAGGCAUGCAUCAACAACAAAUGUCAGGACCCGUGCCCAGGAACAUGUGGUCAGAAUGCAGACUGUCAGGUGGUGAACCAUCUGCCUUCUUGCACGUGUCGUCCAGGCUACACAGGGGAUCCAUUCCGAUACUGCAACGUUCAGGCUGUGGAACCCGUUGUAGCAGAACCUGGAGAUCCUUGCAGUCCGUCUCCUUGUGGACCCAACAGUCAGUGUCGAGAAGUGAAUGGACAGGCAGUGUGCUCAUGCCUGCCAACAUACAUCGGCAGUCCACCAGGCUGUCGGCCAGAGUGCGUUGUGAGCUCCGAGUGUCCACAGAACAGAGCGUGUGUCAACCAGAAGUGUGUGGAUCCUUGCCCAGGAACAUGUGGCUUGAAUACUCGCUGCGAAGUGAUCAACCACAGUCCUAUCUGCAGCUGUCAACAAGGAUUCACUGGAGAUCCGUUCUUGAGAUGCUAUCCUAAACCACCACCUCCACCAGUUAAACCAGCUACUCCUGUGAUAAGGGACCCGUGUGUGCCAUCUCCAUGUGGACCAAACUCCCAGUGCAGAGAUAUUGGAGGAGGGCCUUCAUGCUCCUGUCUACCUAACUACAUGGGCAGUCCUCCCAACUGUCGACCAGAGUGUGUCAUUUCCUCGGAGUGCCCCAGCAACAAGGCUUGCAUGAGAGAGAAGUGUCGAGAUCCAUGCCCAGGAUCUUGUGGCGCAGGGGCCCAGUGCAAUGUCAUCAACCACACUCCGGUGUGCACAUGUCCUGCAGGAUACACAGGCGACCCGUUCACCAACUGCUAUCCCAAACCACCACCAUCUGCAGAGGCGCCCCCCAGCGACCCUUGCAAUCCAUCACCCUGCGGCUCAAAUGCACAAUGUGCAGAUGGUGUUUGCACGUGUCUGCCUGAGUACCAAGGAGAUCCGUACUCUGGCUGCCGACCUGAAUGCGUUCUCAGCACCGAGUGUCCCAGAGACAAGGCCUGCAUUCGAAACAAGUGUUCUGAUCCUUGUCCAGGAACAUGUGGCCAAGAUGCCAUUUGCGAUGUUGUGAACCACGUUCCAAUGUGCAGCUGUCCUCAAGGAAAAUCUGGGAAUCCUUUUGUUCAGUGUAGGCCAGUUCAAGCUCCGGUUGUAGUGAAUCCAUGCAAUCCAUCGCCUUGUGGACCGAACAGCCAGUGUCGGGAGAUAAACGGCCAGGCAGUGUGCUCUUGCGUGCCGGGCUACAUUGGAAGUCCACCAGCAUGUCGACCAGAAUGUGUUGUGAGCUCUGACUGCAACUUGAACGAGGCUUGUUCGAACCAGAAGUGCAGGGACCCUUGUCCUGGAACUUGUGGUGUUGGUGCUCGCUGCCAGGUCAUCAACCACAAUCCAAUCUGCAGCUGCCCACCUCGCUACUCUGGAGACCCAUUCCUCAGAUGCACACCAAUACCGGACACCCCUCCGCCACCACCUGUGAAUCCAUGCCAGCCUUCUCCGUGUGGCCCUAAUGCUCAGUGCCAGGUAGCAGGGGAUAGCCCUUCGUGCUCGUGUUUGCCAGAGUAUAAGGGCUCUCCACCGAACUGCAGGCCUGAGUGUGCCAGCAACAGCGAGUGUGCCAGCCACCUGGCAUGUAUCAACCAGAAGUGUCAAGAUCCUUGUCCAGGACUGUGUGGAGCAAAUGCAGAGUGCAGGGUGGUUAGCCACACUCCGACUUGUGUGUGUGCUAUUGGCUACACUGGAGAUCCAUUCACAUCCUGUUCACUGCAGCAGUUGCAACAACUUCCUCAAGAACGACCAACACCGUGCAUUCCAUCCCCGUGUGGAGCUAAUGCAGUGUGCAGGGAACAGAAUGGAGCAGGUUCAUGCACAUGCCAGCAAGACUAUGUUGGCAACCCUUACGAGGGCUGUCGACCGGAGUGUAUUCUGAACACGGACUGUGCUUCCAACAAGGCAUGCAUCAGAAACAAAUGUCAGGACCCAUGCCCAGGAACAUGUGGUCAGAAUGCAGACUGUCAGGUGGUGAACCAUCUGCCUUCUUGCACGUGUCGUCCAGGCUACACAGGGGAUCCAUUCCGAUACUGCAACGUUCAGGCUGUGGAACCCGUUGUAGCAGAACCUGGAGAUCCUUGCAGUCCGUCUCCUUGUGGACCCAACAGUCAGUGUCGAGAAGUGAAUGGACAGGCAGUGUGCUCAUGCCUGCCAACAUACAUCGGCAGUCCACCAGGCUGUCGGCCAGAGUGCGUUGUGAGCUCGGAGUGUCCACAGAACAGAGCGUGUGUCAACCAGAAGUGUGUGGAUCCUUGCCCAGGAACAUGUGGCUUGAAUACUCGCUGCGAAGUGAUCAACCACAGUCCUAUCUGCAGCUGUCAACAAGGCUUCACUGGAGAUCCAUUCUUGAGAUGCUAUCCCAUGCCACUACCUCCAUCAGUUAAACCAUCAACUCCUGUGAUAAGGGACCCGUGUGUGCCAUCUCCAUGUGGACCAAACUCCCAGUGCAGAGAUAUUGGAGGAGGACCUUCAUGCUCCUGUCUACCUAACUACAUGGGCAGUCCUCCCAACUGUCGACCAGAUUGUGUCAUUUCCUCGGAGUGCCCCAGCAACAAGGCUUGCAUGAGAGAGAAGUGUCGAGAUCCAUGCCCAGGAUCUUGUGGCGCAGGGGCCCAGUGCAAUGUCAUAAACCACACUCCGGUGUGCACAUGUCCUGCAGGAUACACAGGAGACCCGUUCACCAACUGCUAUCCCAAACCACCACCACCUGCAGAGGCGCCCCCCAGCGACCCUUGCAAUCCAUCACCCUGCGGCUCAAAUGCACAAUGUGCAGAUGGUGUUUGCACGUGUCUGCCUGAGUACCAAGGAGAUCCGUACUCUGGCUGCCGACCUGAAUGCGUUCUCAGCACCGAGUGUCCCAGAGACAAGGCCUGCAUUCGAAACAAGUGUUCUGAUCCUUGUCCAGGAACAUGUGGCCAAGAUGCCAUUUGCGAUGUUGUGAACCACGUUCCAAUGUGCAGCUGUCCUCAAGGAAAAUCUGGGAAUCCUUUUGUUCAGUGUAGGCCAGUUCAAGCUCCCGUUGUAGUGAAUCCUUGCAAUCCAUCGCCUUGUGGACCGAACAGCCAGUGUCGGGAGAUAAACGGCCAGGCAGUGUGCUCUUGCGUGCCGGGCUACAUUGGAAGUCCACCAGCAUGUCGACCAGAAUGUGUUGUGAACUCUGACUGCAACUUGAACGAGGCUUGUUCGAACCAGAAGUGCAGGGACCCUUGUCCUGGAACUUGUGGUGUUGGUGCUCGCUGCCAGGUCAUCAACCACAAUCCAAUCUGCAGCUGCCCACCUCGCUACUCUGGAGACCCAUUCCUCAGAUGCACACCAAUACCGGACACCCCUCCGCCGCCACCUGUGAAUCCAUGCCAGCCUUCUCCGUGUGGCCCUAAUGCUCAGUGCCAGGUAGCAGGGGAUAGCCCUUCGUGCUCGUGUUUGCCGGAGUAUAAGGGCUCUCCACCGAACUGCAGGCCUGAGUGUGCCAGCAACAGCGAGUGUGCCAGCCACCUGGCAUGUAUCAACCAGAAGUGUCGAGAUCCUUGUCCAGGACUGUGUGGAGCAAAUGCAGAGUGCAGGGUGGUUAGCCACACUCCAACUUGUGUGUGUGCUAUUGGUUACACUGGAGAUCCAUUCACAUCUUGUUCACUGCAGCAGCUGCAACAACUUCCUCAAGAACGACCAACACCGUGCAUUCCGUCCCCGUGUGGAGCUAAUGCAGUGUGCAGGGAACAGAAUGGAGCAGGUUCAUGCACAUGCCAGCAAGACUAUGUUGGCAACCCUUACGAGGGCUGUCGACCGGAGUGUAUUCUGAACACGGACUGUGCUUCCAACAAGGCAUGCAUCAGAAACAAAUGUCAGGACCCAUGCCCAGGAACAUGUGGUCAGAAUGCAGACUGUCAGGUGGUAAACCAUCUGCCUUCUUGCACAUGUCGUCCAGGCUACACAGGGGAUCCAUUCAGAUACUGCAACGUUCAGGCUGUGGAACCCGUUGUAGCAGAACCUGGAGAUCCUUGCAGUCCGUCUCCUUGUGGACCCAACAGUCAGUGUCGAGAAGUGAAUGGACAGGCAGUGUGCUCAUGCCUGCCAACAUACAUCGGCAGUCCGCCGGGCUGUCGGCCAGAGUGCGUUGUGAGCUCGGAGUGUCCACAGAACAGAGCGUGUAUCAACCAGAAGUGUGUGGAUCCUUGCCCAGGAACAUGUGGCUUGAAUACUCGCUGCGAAGUGAUCAACCACAGUCCUAUCUGCAGCUGUCAACAAGGCUUCACUGGAGAUCCAUUCUUGAGAUGCUAUCCCAUGCCACCACCGCCAUCAGUUAAACCAUCAACUCCUGUGAUAAGGGACCCGUGUGUGCCAUCUCCAUGUGGACCAAACUCCCAGUGCAGAGAUAUUGGAGGAGGACCUUCAUGCUCCUGUCUACCUAACUACAUGGGCAGUCCUCCCAACUGUCGACCAGAGUGUGUCAUUUCCUCGGAGUGCCCCAGCAACAAGGCUUGCAUGAGAGAGAAGUGUCGAGAUCCAUGCCCAGGAUCUUGUGGCGCAGGGGCCCAGUGCAAUGUCAUCAACCACACUCCGGUGUGCACGUGUCCUGAAGGAUACACAGGCGACCCAUUCACCAACUGCUAUCCCAAACCACCACCACCUGCAGAGGCGCCCCCCAGCGACCCUUGCAAUCCAUCACCCUGCGGCUCAAAUGCACAAUGUGCAGAUGGUGUUUGCACGUGUCUGCCUGAGUACCAAGGAGAUCCGUACUCUGGCUGCCGACCUGAAUGCGUUCUCAGCACAGAGUGUCCCAGAGACAAGGCCUGCAUUCGAAACAAGUGUUCUGAUCCUUGUCCAGGAACAUGUAGCCAAGAUGCCAUUUGCGAUGUUGUGAACCACGUUCCAAUGUGCAGCUGUCCUCAAGGAAAAUCUGGGAAUCCUUUUGUUCAGUGUAGGCCAGUUCAAGCUCCGGUUGUAGUGAAUCCUUGCAAUCCAUCGCCUUGUGGACCGAACAGCCAGUGUCGGGAGAUAAACGGCCUGGCAGUGUGCUCUUGCGUGCCGGGCUACAUUGGAAGUCCACCAGCAUGUCGACCAGAAUGUGUUGUGAGCUCUGACUGCAACUUGAACGAGGCUUGUUCGAACCAGAAGUGCAGGGACCCUUGUCCUGGAACUUGUGGUGUUGGUGCUCGCUGCCAGGUCAUCAACCACAAUCCAAUCUGCAGCUGCCCACCUCGCUACUCUGGAGACCCAUUCCUCAGAUGCACACCAAUACCGGACACCCCUCCGCCGCCACCUGUGAAUCCAUGCCAGCCUUCUCCGUGUGGCCCUAAUGCUCAGUGCCAGGUAGCAGGGGAUAGCCCUUCGUGCUCGUGUUUGCCGGAGUAUAAGGGCUCUCCACCGAACUGCAGGCCUGAGUGUGCCAGCAACAGCGAGUGUGCCAGCCACCUGGCAUGUAUCAACCAGAAGUGUCGAGAUCCUUGUCCAGGACUGUGUGGAGCAAAUGCAGAGUGCAGGGUGGUUAGCCACACUCCAACUUGUGUUUGUGCUAUUGGCUACACAGGAGAUCCUUUCACAUCUUGUUCACUGCAGCAGUUGCAGCAACUUCCUCAAGAAAGGCCCACACCAUGCAUUCCAUCCCCGUGUGGAGCUAAUGCAGUGUGCAGGGAACAGAAUGGAGCAGGUUCAUGCACAUGCCAGCAGGACUAUGUUGGCAACCCUUACGAGGGCUGUCGACCAGAGUGUGUUCUGAACACGGACUGUGCUUCCAACAAGGCAUGCAUCAGAAACAAAUGUCAGGACCCAUGCCCAGGAACAUGUGGUCAGAAUGCAGACUGUCAGGUGGUGAACCAUCUGCCUUCUUGCACGUGUCGUCCAGGCUACACAGGGGAUCCAUUCCGAUACUGCAACGUUCAGGCUGUGGAACCCGUUGUAGCAGAACCUGGAGAUCCUUGCAGUCCGUCUCCUUGUGGACCCAACAGUCAGUGUCGAGAAGUGAAUGGACAGGCAGUGUGCUCAUGCCUGCCAACAUACAGCGGCAGUCCACCUGGCUGUCGGCCAGAGUGCGUUGUGAGCUCGGAGUGUCCACAGAACAGAGCAUGUGUCAACCAGAAGUGUGUGGAUCCUUGUCCAGGAACAUGUGGCUUGAAUACUCGCUGUGAAGUGAUCAACCACAGUCCUAUCUGCAGCUGUCAACAAGGAUUCACAGGCGAUCCAUUCUUGAGAUGCUAUCCCAUACCACCACCUUUGCCAGUUCAGCCAUCCACUCCUGUGGUGAGGGACCCGUGUGUGCCAUCACCAUGUGGACCAAACUCCCAGUGCAGAGAUAUUGGAGGAGGACCUUCAUGCUCCUGUCUACCUAACUACAUGGGCAGUCCUCCCAACUGUCGACCAGAGUGUGUCAUUUCCUCGGAGUGCCCCAGCAACAAGGCUUGCAUGAGAGAGAAGUGUCGAGAUCCAUGCCCAGGAUCUUGUGGCGCAGGGGCCCAGUGCAAUGUCAUAAACCACACUCCGGUGUGCACAUGUCCUGCAGGAUACACAGGAGACCCGUUCACCAACUGCUAUCCCAAACCACCACCUCCUGCAGAGGCACCCCCCAGCGACCCUUGCAAUCCAUCACCCUGCGGCUCAAAUGCACAAUGUGCAGAUGGUGUUUGCACGUGUCUGCCUGAGUACCAAGGAGAUCCGUACUCUGGCUGCCGACCUGAAUGCGUUCUCAGCACCGAGUGUCCCAGAGACAAGGCCUGCAUUCGAAACAAGUGUUCUGAUCCUUGUCCAGGAACAUGUGGCCAAGAUGCCAUUUGCGAUGUUGUGAACCACGUUCCAAUGUGCAGCUGUCCUCAAGGAAAAUCUGGGAAUCCUUUUGUUCAGUGUAGGCCAGUUCAAGCUCCGGUUGUAGUGAAUCCAUGCAAUCCAUCGCCAUGUGGACCGAACAGCCAGUGUCGGGAAAUAAACGGCCAGGCAGUGUGCUCUUGCGUGCCGGGCUACAUUGGAAGUCCACCAGCAUGUCGACCAGAAUGUGUUGUGAACUCUGACUGCAACUUGAACGAGGCUUGUUCGAACCAGAAGUGCAGGGACCCUUGUCCUGGAACUUGUGGUGUUGGUGCUCGCUGCCAGGUCAUCAACCACAAUCCAAUCUGCAGCUGCCCACCUCGCUACUCUGGAGACCCAUUCCUCAGAUGCACACCAAUACCGGACACCCCUCCGCCACCACCUGUGAAUCCAUGCCAGCCUUCUCCGUGUGGCCCUAAUGCUCAGUGCCAGGUAGCAGGGGAUAGCCCUUCGUGCUCGUGUUUGCCGGAGUAUAAGGGCUCUCCACCGAACUGCAGGCCUGAGUGUGCCAGCAACAGCGAGUGUGCCAGCCACCUGGCAUGUAUCAACCAGAGGUGUCGAGAUCCUUGUCCAGGACUGUGUGGAGCAAAUUCAGAGUGCAGGGUUGUUAGCCACACUCCAACGUGCGUGUGUGAAAUAGGUUACAUUGGAGAUCCAUUUUCUCAUUGCAUCAUUUCUGAGACCAAACCGCAUAUUCCAGAAUAUACCAGCCCAUGUGAACCCAGUCCUUGCGGAGCCAACGCAGUGUGCAGGGAACAAAAUGGAGCAGGCUCUUGUACUUGCCAGACUGACUACAUUGGAAAUCCUUAUGAAGGCUGCAGACCCGAGUGCACAUUAAAUUCUGACUGUACUUCCAACAUGGCCUGCAUCAACAACAAAUGUCAGGACCCGUGCCCAGGAACAUGUGGUCAGAAUGCAGACUGUCAGGUGGUGAACCAUCUGCCUUCUUGCACGUGUCGUCCAGGCUACACAGGAGAUCCAUUCCGAUACUGCAACGUUCAGGCUGUGGAACCCGUUGUAGCAGAACCUGGAGAUCCUUGCAGUCCGUCUCCUUGUGGACCCAACAGUCAGUGUCGAGAAGUGAAUGGACAGGCAGUGUGCUCAUGCCUGCCAACAUACAUCGGCAGUCCACCGGGCUGUCGGCCAGAGUGCGUUGUGAGCUCGGAGUGUCCACAGAACAGAGCGUGUGUCAACCAGAAGUGUGUGGAUCCUUGCCCAGGAACAUGUGGCUUGAAUACUCGCUGCGAAGUGAUCAACCACAGUCCUAUCUGCAGCUGUCAACAAGGAUAUACUGGAGAUCCGUUCUCCAGAUGCUAUCCUACUCCAGCACCACAACCACAGGCCAAACCACCAGUAUACGUAAACCCGUGUGUGCCGUCUCCAUGUGGACCAAACUCCCAGUGCAGAGAUAUUGGAGGAGGGCCUUCAUGCUCCUGUCUACCUAACUACAUGGGCAGUCCUCCCAACUGUCGACCAGAGUGUGUCAUUUCCUCGGAGUGCCCCAGCAACAAGGCUUGCAUGAGAGAGAAGUGUCGAGAUCCAUGCCCAGGAUCUUGUGGCGCAGGGGCCCAGUGCAAUGUCAUCAACCACACUCCGGUGUGCACAUGUCCUGAAGGAUACACAGGAGACCCGUUCACCAACUGCUAUCCCAAACCACCACCACCUAUUGAACCAGUUGUGGCAGACCCAUGCAAUCCAUCUCCAUGUGGUGCAAACGCACAGUGCAGAGAUGGUGUGUGCACAUGCUUGCCGGAGUACCAAGGUGACCCGUAUUCUGGCUGCCGGCCAGAGUGCGUGCUGAACGAAGACUGUCCUAGAGACAGAGCAUGCAUCAGGAACAAAUGUACAGACCCUUGUCCAGGCACCUGUGGUACUCAGGCAGUGUGUUCUGUUGUCAACCACAUUCCAAUUUGUAGCUGCCCAGAUGGCUUCUCAGGAAAUCCAUUUAUCAGCUGUGCACCAGUGCAAGCUCCUGAGAAAACUCAACCAUGCAAUCCAUCGCCAUGUGGACCGAACAGCCAGUGUCGGGAGAUAAACGGCCAGGCAGUGUGCUCUUGCGUGCCGGGCUACAUUGGAAGUCCACCAGCAUGUCGACCAGAAUGUGUUGUGAGCUCUGACUGCAACUUGAACGAGGCUUGUUCGAACCAGAAGUGCAGGGACCCUUGUCCUGGAACUUGUGGUGUUGGUGCUCGCUGCCAGGUCAUCAACCACAAUCCAAUCUGCAGCUGCCCACCUCGCUACUCUGGAGACCCAUUCCUCAGAUGCACACCAAUACCGGACACCCCUCCGCCACCACCUGUGAAUCCAUGCCAGCCUUCUCCGUGUGGCCCUAAUGCUCAGUGCCAGGUAGCAGGGGAUAGCCCUUCGUGCUCGUGUUUGCCGGAGUAUAAGGGCUCUCCACCGAACUGCAGGCCUGAGUGUGCCAGCAACAGCGAGUGUGCCAGCCACCUGGCAUGUAUCAACCAGAAGUGUCGAGAUCCUUGUCCUGGGUCGUGUGGAGCAAAUGCAGAGUGCAGGGUGGUUAGCCACACUCCUAAUUGCAUUUGCCUUUCUGGAUAUUUUGGAAACCCAUUUAUUCAAUGUGAAUUAGAGAAGUCUCCUACACCAAUUGAGAGGCCUAAACCAUGUGAACCCAGUCCUUGCGGAGCCAACGCAGUGUGCAGGGAACAAAAUGGAGCAGGCUCUUGUACUUGCCAGACUGACUACAUUGGAAAUCCUUAUGAAGGCUGCAGACCCGAGUGUACAUUAAAUUCUGACUGUACUUCCAACAUGGCCUGCAUCAACAACAAAUGUCAGGACCCGUGCCCAGGAACAUGUGGUCAGAAUGCAGACUGUCAGGUGGUGAACCAUCUGCCUUCUUGCACGUGUCGUCCAGGCUACACAGGGGAUCCAUUCCAAUACUGCAACGUUCAGGCUGUGGAACCCGUUGUAGCAGAACCUGGAGAUCCUUGCAGUCCGUCUCCUUGUGGACCCAACAGUCAGUGUCGAGAAGUGAAUGGACAGGCAGUGUGCUCAUGCCUGCCAACAUACAUCGGCAGUCCACCAGGCUGUCGGCCAGAGUGCGUUGUGAGCUCGGAGUGUCCACAGAACAGAGCAUGUGUCAACCAGAAGUGUGUGGAUCCUUGCCCAGGAACAUGUGGCUUGAAUACUCGCUGCGAAGUGAUCAACCACAGUCCUAUCUGCAGCUGUCAACAAGGAUUCACAGGGGACCCAUUUACUCGAUGCUAUAAGUUGCCUGUUCAAGAACCUCCACUCAAAACUCCAGCAUACGUAAACCCGUGUGUGCCGUCUCCAUGUGGACCAAACUCCCAGUGCAGAGAUAUUGGAGGAGGGCCUUCAUGCUCCUGUCUACCUAACUACAUGGGCAGUCCUCCCAACUGUCGACCAGAGUGUGUCAUUUCCUCGGAGUGCCCCAGCAACAAGGCUUGCAUGAGAGAGAAGUGUCGAGAUCCAUGCCCAGGAUCUUGUGGCGCAGGGGCCCAGUGCAAUGUCAUCAACCACACUCCGGUGUGCACAUGUCCUGAAGGAUACACAGGAGACCCGUUCACCAACUGCUAUCCCAAACCACCACCACCUAUUGAACCAGUUGUGGCAGACCCAUGCAAUCCAUCUCCAUGUGGUGCAAACGCACAGUGCAGAGAUGGUGUGUGCACAUGCUUGCCGGAGUACCAAGGUGACCCGUAUUCUGGCUGCCGGCCAGAGUGCGUGCUGAACGAAGACUGUCCUAGAGACAGAGCAUGCAUCAGGAACAAAUGUACAGACCCUUGUCCAGGCACCUGUGGUACUCAGGCAGUGUGUUCUGUUGUCAACCACAUUCCAAUUUGUAGCUGCCCAGAUGGCUUCUCAGGAAAUCCAUUUAUCAGCUGUGCACCAGUGCAAGCUCCUGAGAAAACUCAACCAUGCAAUCCAUCGCCAUGUGGACCGAACAGCCAGUGUCGGGAGAUAAACGGCCAGGCAGUGUGCUCUUGCGUGCCGGGCUACAUUGGAAGUCCACCAGCAUGUCGACCAGAAUGUGUUGUGAGCUCUGACUGCAACUUGAACGAGGCUUGUUCGAACCAGAAGUGCAGGGACCCUUGUCCUGGAACUUGUGGUGUUGGUGCUCGCUGCCAGGUCAUCAACCACAAUCCAAUCUGCAGCUGCCCACCUCGCUACUCUGGAGACCCAUUCCUCAGAUGCACACCAAUACCGGACACCCCUUCGCCACCACCUGUGAAUCCAUGCCAGCCUUCUCCGUGUGGCCCUAAUGCUCAGUGCCAGGUAGCAGGGGAUAGCCCUUCGUGCUCGUGUUUGCCGGAGUAUAAGGGCUCUCCACCGAACUGCAGGCCUGAGUGUGCCAGCAACAGCGAGUGUGCCAGCCACCUGGCAUGUAUCAACCAGAAGUGUCAAGAUCCUUGUCCUGGGUCGUGUGGAGCAAAUGCAGAGUGCAGGGUGGUUAGCCACACUCCUAAUUGCAUUUGCCUUUCUGGAUAUUUCGGUGAUCCUUUUAGAAGCUGUUAUCAACAACAAACUUCUGUGCCAAAGGAGAGACCCACACCAUGCAUUCCAUCCCCGUGUGGAGCUAAUGCAGUGUGCAGGGAACAGAAUGGAGCAGGUUCAUGCACAUGCCAGCAAGACUAUGUUGGCAACCCUUACGAGGGCUGUCGACCAGAGUGUGUUCUGAACACAGACUGUGCUUCCAACAAGGCAUGCAUCAAUAACAAAUGUCAGGACCCGUGCCCAGGAACAUGUGGUCAGAAUGCAGACUGUCAGGUGGUGAACCAUCUGCCUUCUUGCACGUGUCGUCCAGGCUACACAGGGGAUCCAUUCCGAUACUGCAACGUUCAGGCUGUGGAACCCGUUGUAGCAGAACCUGGAGAUCCUUGCAGUCCGUCUCCUUGUGGACCCAACAGUCAGUGUCGAGAAGUGAAUGGACAGGCAGUGUGCUCAUGCCUGCCAACAUACAUCGGCAGUCCGCCGGGCUGUCGGCCAGAGUGCGUUGUGAGCUCGGAGUGUCCACAGAACAGAGCGUGUGUCAACCAGAAGUGUGUGGAUCCUUGCCCAGGAACAUGUGGCUUGAAUACUCGCUGCGAAGUGAUCAACCACAGUCCUAUCUGCAGCUGUCAACAAGGAUUCACUGGAGACCCCUUCUCUAGAUGCUAUAAGUUGCCUGAAUCUCUACCUACACCCAAACCCCCAGCAUACGUAAACCCGUGUGUGCCAUCUCCAUGUGGACCAAACUCCCAGUGCAGAGAUAUUGGAGGAGGGCCCUCAUGCUCCUGUCUACCUAACUACAUGGGCAGUCCUCCCAACUGUCGACCAGAGUGUGUCAUUUCCUCGGAGUGCCCCAGCAACAAGGCUUGCAUGAGAGAGAAGUGUCGAGAUCCAUGCCCAGGAUCUUGUGGCGCAGGGGCCCAGUGCAAUGUCAUCAACCACACUCCGGUGUGCACGUGUCCUGAAGGAUACACAGGAGACCCGUUCACCAACUGCUACCCCAAACCACCACCACCUAUUGAACCAGUUGUGGCAGACCCAUGCAAUCCAUCUCCAUGUGGUGCAAACGCACAGUGCAGAGAUGGUGUGUGCACAUGCUUGCCGGAGUACCAAGGUGACCCGUAUUCUGGCUGCCGGCCAGAGUGCGUGCUGAACGAAGACUGUCCUAGAGACAGAGCAUGCAUCAGGAACAAAUGUACAGACCCUUGUCCAGGCACCUGUGGUACUCAGGCAGUGUGUUCUGUUGUCAACCACAUUCCAAUUUGUAGCUGCCCAGAUGGCUUCUCAGGAAAUCCAUUUAUCAGCUGUGCACCAGUGCAAGCUCCUGAGAAAACUCAACCAUGCAAUCCAUCGCCAUGUGGACCGAACAGCCAGUGUCGGGAGAUAAACGGCCAGGCAGUGUGCUCUUGCGUGCCGGGCUACAUUGGAAGUCCACCAGCAUGUCGACCAGAAUGUGUUGUGAGCUCUGACUGCAACUUGAACGAGGCUUGUUCGAACCAGAAGUGCAGGGACCCUUGUCCUGGAACUUGUGGUGUUGGUGCUCGCUGCCAGGUCAUCAACCACAAUCCAAUCUGCAGCUGCCCACCUCGCUACUCUGGAGACCCAUUCCUCAGAUGCACACCAAUACCGGACACCCCUCCGCCACCACCUGUGAAUCCAUGCCAGCCUUCUCCGUGUGGCCCUAAUGCUCAGUGCCAGGUAGCAGGGGAUAGCCCUUCGUGCUCGUGUUUGCCGGAGUAUAAGGGCUCUCCACCGAACUGCAGGCCUGAGUGUGCCAGCAACAGCGAGUGUGCCAGCCACCUGGCAUGUAUCAACCAGAAGUGUCGAGAUCCUUGUCCUGGGUCGUGUGGAGCAAAUGCAGAGUGCAGGGUGGUUAGCCACACUCCUAACUGUGAAUGUUUACCUGGAUAUUCUGGAGAUCCGUUCAGACAGUGCGUUGUUCCACAGAUUCCAUUGGGCCGUCCCAUGGAGCGUGGGGACCCUUGCGUUCCCUCACCAUGUGGGUCAAAUACCAUUUGCAAGGAACAAAAUGGAGCUGGAUCUUGUAUUUGCUUGCCAGAAUAUAUAGGAAACCCUUACGAAGGUUGUCGACCUGAAUGUGUGGUCAACUCAGACUGUGCUUCCAACAAGGCAUGCAUCAAUAACAAAUGUCAGGACCCGUGCCCAGGAACAUGUGGUCAGAAUGCAGACUGUCAGGUGGUGAACCAUCUGCCUUCUUGCACGUGUCGUCCAGGCUACACAGGGGAUCCAUUCCGAUACUGCAACGUUCACGCUGUGGAACCCGUUGUAGCAGAACCUGGAGAUCCUUGCAGUCCGUCUCCUUGUGGACCCAACAGUCAGUGUCGAGAAGUGAAUGGACAGGCAGUGUGCUCAUGCCUGCCAACAUACAUCGGCAGUCCGCCGGGCUGUCGGCCAGAGUGCGUUGUGAGCUCGGAGUGUCCACAGAACAGAGCGUGUGUCAACCAGAAGUGUGUGGAUCCUUGCCCAGGAACAUGUGGCUUGAAUACUCGCUGCGAAGUGAUCAACCACAGUCCUAUCUGCAGCUGUCAACAAGGAUUCACAGGGGACCCAUUUACUCGAUGCUACACAAUUCCUCCACCACAACCACCAGCCAAACCACCAGCAUACGUAAACCCAUGUGUGCCGUCUCCAUGUGGACCAAACUCCCAGUGCAGAGAUAUUGGAGGAGGACCUUCAUGCUCCUGUCUACCUAACUACAUGAGCAGUCCUCCCAACUGUCGACCAGAGUGUGUCAUUUCCUCGGAGUGCCCCAGCAACAAGGCUUGCAUGAGAGAGAAAUGUCGAGAUCCAUGCCCAGGAUCUUGUGGCGCAGGGGCCCAGUGCAAUGUCAUCAACCACACUCCGGUGUGCACAUGUCCUGAAGGAUACACAGGCGACCCAUUCACCAACUGCUAUCCCAAACCACCACCACCUAUUGAACCAGUUGUGGCAGACCCAUGCAAUCCAUCUCCAUGUGGUGCAAACGCACAGUGCAGAGAUGGUGUGUGCACAUGCUUGCCGGAGUACCAAGGUGACCCGUAUUCUGGCUGCCGGCCAGAGUGCGUGCUGAACGAAGACUGUCCUAGAGACAGAGCAUGCAUCAGGAACAAAUGUACAGACCCUUGUCCAGGCACCUGUGGUACUCAGGCAGUGUGUUCUGUUGUCAACCACAUUCCAAUUUGUAGCUGCCCAGAUGGCUUCUCAGGAAAUCCAUUUAUCAGCUGUGCACCAGUGCAAGCUCCUGAGAAAACUCAACCAUGCAAUCCAUCGCCAUGUGGACCGAACAGCCAGUGUCGGGAGAUAAACGGCCAGGCAGUGUGCUCUUGCGUGCCGGGCUACAUUGGAAGUCCACCAGCAUGUCGACCAGAAUGUGUUGUGAGCUCUGACUGCAACUUGAACGAGGCUUGUUCGAACCAGAAGUGCAGGGACCCUUGUCCUGGAACUUGUGGUGUUGGUGCUCGCUGCCAGGUCAUCAACCACAAUCCAAUCUGCAGCUGCCCACCUCGCUACUCUGGAGACCCAUUCCUCAGAUGCACACCAAUACCGGACACCCCUUCGCCACCACCUGUGAAUCCAUGCCAGCCUUCUCCGUGUGGCCCUAAUGCUCAGUGCCAGGUAGCAGGGGAUAGCCCUUCGUGCUCGUGUUUGCCGGAGUAUAAGGGCUCUCCACCGAACUGCAGGCCUGAGUGUGCCAGCAACAGCGAGUGUGCCAGCCACCUGGCAUGUAUCAACCAGAAGUGUCAAGAUCCUUGUCCUGGGUCGUGUGGAGCAAAUGCAGAGUGCAGGGUGGUUAGCCACACACCUAACUGUGAAUGUUUACCUGGAUAUUCUGGAGAUCCGUUCAGACAGUGCGUUGUUCCACAGAUUCCAUUGGGCCGUCCCAUGGAGCGUGGGGACCCUUGCGUUCCCUCACCAUGUGGGUCAAAUACCAUUUGCAAGGAACAAAAUGGAGCUGGAUCUUGUAUUUGCUUGCCAGAAUAUAUAGGAAACCCUUACGAAGGUUGUCGACCUGAAUGUGUGGUCAACUCAGACUGUGCUUCCAACAAGGCAUGCAUCAAUAACAAAUGUCAGGACCCGUGCCCAGGAACAUGUGGUCAGAAUGCAGACUGUCAGGUGGUGAACCAUCUGCCUUCUUGCACGUGUCGUCCAGGCUACACAGGGGAUCCAUUCCGAUACUGCAACGUUCAGGCUGUGGAACCCGUUGUAGCAGAACCUGGAGAUCCUUGCAGUCCGUCUCCUUGUGGACCCAACAGUCAGUGUCGAGAAGUGAAUGGACAGGCAGUGUGCUCAUGCCUGCCAACAUACAUCGGCAGUCCGCCGGGCUGUCGGCCAGAGUGCGUUGUGAGCUCGGAGUGUCCACAGAACAGAGCGUGUGUCAACCAGAAGUGUGUGGAUCCUUGCCCAGGAACAUGUGGCUUGAAUACUCGCUGCGAAGUGAUCAACCACAGUCCUAUCUGCAGCUGUCAACAAGGAUUCACAGGAGACCCAUUUACUCGAUGCUACUCAAUUCCUCCACCACAACCACCGGCCAAACCACCAGUAUACGUAAACCCGUGUGUGCCAUCUCCAUGUGGACCAAACUCCCAGUGCAGAGAUAUUGGAGGAGGGCCCUCAUGCUCCUGUCUACCUAACUACAUGGGCAGUCCUCCCAACUGUCGACCAGAGUGUGUCAUUUCCUCGGAGUGCCCCAGCAACAAGGCUUGCAUGAGAGAGAAGUGUCGAGAUCCAUGCCCAGGAUCUUGUGGCGCAGGGGCCCAGUGCAAUGUCAUCAACCACACUCCGGUGUGCACAUGUCCCGCAGGAUACACAGGAGACCCGUUCACCAACUGCUAUCCCAAACCACCACCACCUACUGUACCAGUUGUGGCAGACCCAUGCCAUCCAUCUCCAUGUGGUGCAAACGCACAGUGCAGAGAUGGUGUGUGCACAUGCUUGCCGGAGUACCAAGGUGACCCGUAUUCUGGCUGCCGGCCAGAGUGCGUGCUGAACGAAGACUGUCCUAGAGACAGAGCAUGCAUCAGGAACAAAUGUACAGACCCUUGUCCAGGCACCUGUGGUACUCAGGCAGUGUGUUCUGUUGUCAACCACAUUCCAAUUUGUAGCUGCCCAGAUGGCUUCUCAGGAAAUCCAUUUAUCAGUUGUGCACCAGUGCAAGCUCCUGAGAAAACUCAACCAUGCAAUCCAUCGCCAUGUGGACCGAACAGCCAGUGUCGGGAGAUAAACGGCCAGGCAGUGUGCUCUUGCGUGCCGGGCUACAUUGGAAGUCCACCAGCAUGUCGACCAGAAUGUGUGACGAGUUUGGAAUGUGAUCAGAAUGAAGCAUGCAUAAACCAGAAAUGUGUUGACCCCUGUCCUGGUACUUGUGGUCUUCAAGCACGCUGCCAAGUAAUCAACCACAACCCUGUGUGUAGCUGUCCUGUAGAUUUCACUGGAGAUCCGUUCUCCAGAUGUUACCCACGCCCUGCGGAGCCAGUUCCGUUGCCAGCACCUCGGGAUCCUUGCCAACCAUCCCCGUGCGGACCUAACUCUCAGUGCAGAAUAUCCUCGGAUGGAAGUCCGUCCUGCUCUUGCCUGCCGAGCUUUGUGGGAUCAGCACCGAACUGCCGGCCAGAAUGUGUCAUCAACAGCGAGUGUGCCUCCCACCUGGCGUGCAUCAACCAGAAGUGCCUCGACCCGUGCCCCGGCUCGUGCGGGCAGAACGCAGAGUGCCGUGUGGCUCUGCACACCCCUAACUGCGGCUGCCCGACAGGUUUCACCGGCGACCCGUUCACUUUUUGCACCCCCGCACUAGCACCGCCGGUCACGCCUCCCACAAGGACGGACCCGUGCUACCCAUCCCCGUGUGGCUCGAACGCACGCUGCCGGACGGAAGGAGACUACGCCGUGUGCGAGUGUUUGGCGGAAUACUACGGCAACCCGUACGAGGGUUGCCGCCCGGAGUGUCUCAUCAACUCGGACUGCCCGCAGCUGCGGGCGUGCAUCCACAACAAGUGUGCGGAUCCUUGUCCGGGAACGUGCGGCGUGUCUGCCGUCUGCAGUGUGUCCAACCACAUCCCCAUCUGCUCGUGUCCUGAGGGCACGGCCGGCAACGCCUUCCAGGCCUGCAUUCCGCUGCCCGUCACAGCGCCGGAGCCCAGAGACCCGUGCCGACCUUCGCCGUGCGGUCCCAACACGCAGUGCCACGUGACGGACGGUGUCGCUGUGUGCGCGUGCCUGCCUGGCUUCCAAGGCAACCCCAGCGGGGCUGGCUGUCGGCCGGAGUGCGUCCUCAGCUCCGACUGCCCGCGGGACAAGGCGUGCAUGAGUUCCAAGUGCGUGGAUCCCUGCCCGGGCGUGUGUGGGUACGGUGCCCGGUGCGUGACGAUCAACCACAGCCCCGUGUGCAGCUGCCCGCCGCCCACCACAGGCGACCCAUUCACUGCCUGCAAGGAGAUGGAAGUGGUACCAUCUGACCCUUGCAACCCAUCACCCUGUGGGCCAAACGGACAGUGCAGAGUCUUGAACGGCUUAGCUUCGUGCAUCUACCCAGAGUGUGUGAUCAACCAAGACUGCCCACGAGACAAGGCCUGCUACGCCCAGAAGUGUCGUGACCCAUGCGUUGGUGCAUGUGGUGUCAAUUCGAUAUGCCAAGCCGUCAACCACAAUGCAGUCUGUUCGUGUUCUGAAGGCUACGUGGGCUCACCACAGACCCAAUGUGACUUCAGGCCUGCUGAACCAGUCCCGAAACCAGAGUGCACAGACGACUCGGAGUGCACGAACGACAAGGCGUGCUUGAACCAGAUGUGUCGCGACCCGUGCGUGGAGCAACUCAACCUGUGCGGUCAGAAUGCAGUGUGCAGAGUGCAGUUGCACAGACCCCUUUGCACCUGCCGGGACGGCUUCACAGGCAGUGCCCUGGGCUACUGCUACGAGAUCGGCUGCCGCUCGGACUCGGACUGCCCGCCCACGGAGGCGUGCGUCAACAAGCAGUGCGAGAACCCCUGCUCCUUCACGCAGUGCGGCACAAACGCAGAGUGCCGGCCCGGUGGGAACCACCAGGCCCGUUGCCACUGCCCGCCGCAGUACCGCGGCAACCCCCUCCUAGCCUGCACCCGCGCCGAGUGCCUCGCCGACGCCGACUGCCCCAACAACCUGGCAUGCCGCAACCAGCGCUGCGAGGACCCGUGCAGCUGCGGCGGCGGUGCGCUCUGCACCGUCACGGAGCACCGGGCGACGUGUCAGUGUCCACCGGGAUACACUGGCAACCCUCAAGCCUCGUGCACACAAGUGCCUGUCGCCAAGCCGCAGUGCACCAUCGACGCAGACUGCGCGAGCAAGUUGGCCUGCUUCAGUGGCACUUGCCGCAACCCGUGCGUCGAGACGAAGCCGUGCGGCAGCAAUGCCGAGUGCUCCGUCAUAGACACGCUGCCUUUGCGCACUAUGUCUUGUUUGUGCCUGCCGGGCUACGUGGGUGAUGCUGACGUGGAGUGCAAGCCAGCGCCAGUGAACCAGCCUGGAUGCAAGAGUGACGCUGACUGCCAGAGCACGGAGACGUGUCUCAACAGGCAGUGCCUGAACCCUUGCGUGGCGUCCAAUCCCUGCGCCCCGAACGCAGACUGCGUCGCCGCCGGCAACAGGGCUUCGUGUCGCUGCCCGGCCAGCCUCACCGGGAACCCGUUCGUCAACUGUUAUCAGCUACCAAUCCCACAGGCAGAGUGUACGUCUGACCUAGAGUGCGCAAGCGAUAAGUCCUGUGUGGACCAGAGAUGCCAGGAGCCCUGCAGUGUUGCCAACCCAUGCGGCAACAACGCUGAGUGCCAAACCAGGGAGCAUAGGCCUGUUUGCAGCUGUCCCAUUGGCUGGGGAGGAAACCCACAAGUGCAAUGCUACAAACCGGAGUGCAGCACGGAUGCGGACUGCGUGUACGACAAGGCGUGCGUGGAGGGCUCGUGCCUGAACCCGUGCGUGCACGGCGCGAGCGAGCAGUGCGGCCGGGGGGCGGAGUGCCGGGUGCAGGCCCACCGCCCGCAGUGCUACUGUCCCGCGGGCAUGCAAGGCGACCCACUGCUGGCCUGCAUCUCCGUGGUCUGUCAGUACAACGAGGACUGCGCGGACCACGAGGCCUGCGACCGCCUGAACCGCGUCUGCCUGCCGGUGUGCGUGGAGGAGACUUGUGCCGCCACUGCCGUCUGCAUCGGCAAGGACCACCAGCCGACCUGCGCCUGCCCUCUCGGCAGCACGGGCAACCCCUACAUCGAGUGCACCGCUGCAAGGAUCCCCGCCAGCCAGGGGCCCGAGUGCAAGCAAGACGCGGACUGCCCCUCGCACCUCGCCUGCAUCAACCAGCAGUGCCAGGACCUGUGCCGGGUCGCGCCCACUUGCUCCGCCACGCAGGAGUGCUCCGUGCUCGACACGCUGCCCCUCCGCACGGUCAUGUGUCAGUGCCCCCAGGACACCGUCACGGACCAGCAGAUCCAGUGCAGGCCCGUCGUUCCAGUGCAGCCCCAGUGCAGUGUGGACUCGGAAUGCAGCGACACCAAGACUUGUGUGCGCGGCAACUGCGUCGAGGCAUGCCACUUGGACCAGUGCGGAGUAAACGCCCUGUGCAACGCCCAGUCGCACCGCACCGUCUGCUCGUGCCCAGCCGGCUUCGAGGGCAACCCUCGCAUCGAGUGCACGAGAGUUCGUGUGCCAUUACCACCUCCACCAGAGUGUAUCUAUGACAAGGACUGCCCAGCGCAAAAGAGCUGCAUCAACCAGUUGUGUGCAAACCCAUGCAUGCAGGACAACGUAUGUGGUAGAGGAUCAUUCUGCCGUGUCGAGAACCAUGAACCUAUUUGCAGUUGUCCUUCAGGAUUCCAAGGAAACCCAAGGAUUGAAUGUCGACCACCUGACCUGCCAGUUGUUGGCUGCGCAUCGAACUCAGAGUGCUCCCAGAAGGAAUCGUGUGUGAACAGCCUGUGCGUAAGCCCGUGUAACUGCGGGCCCAAUGCCGAGUGCAAGGUCACUAACCACUACCCAAUAUGCUACUGCCAGCCUGGAUAUUCUGGGAACCCACUCUCAGGAUGUACCAAAGUUGGCUGUCAGUCAGAUGGUGACUGUGGUUACGACAAGCAAUGUUACAACGGAGAAUGCAUCAGCCCGUGUCUGCUGGGAGUCCCUUGCGCGAUAAAUGCAGAGUGCUACGGCGACAACCACCGCGCCGCGUGCCGCUGCCUGCCCGGCUACGAGGGCAACCCGUUCGGGCGCUGCGAGCGAGUGGAGUGCCACGUGGACGGAGACUGCCCGUCAGACCACGCCUGCUCGGAGGGACACUGCAUCAACCCGUGCCUGAUGGCCCGGGAGCCGGUGUGCGCCCCCAACGCCAUCUGCUACGUGCAGAACCAUGCGGCGGGCUGCCGCUGCCCCGAGCACCUGCCCAUGGGCAACCCCACGGCGUUCUGCGAGCGCUCGCCGGUCGUGGCGGCCGAGCCCGAGUGCCGUGUGGACGUGGACUGCCCCACGCAGCAGGCCUGCAUCAGCAACAAGUGCGUGAACCCCUGCAAGGAGCUGGCUCCGUGCUCCCCGACCGCUCGCUGUAGCGUGCUCGACACCGUUCCCGUCAGGACCAUGAUCUGCACGUGCCCCGAGGGCUGGGUGCCCAACACUGACGGCGAGUGCAGACCAGUCGUCCUGCCGGUGCCGCCGGGCUGCACGGCUGACAGAGACUGUCCCAGCAACGAGACGUGCGUGAACAGGCUGUGUCGCAACCCCUGCAACUGUGGCUCCAAUUCAAAAUGCUUCGUCCAGAACCAUCGUCCUAUCUGCUCUUGUGAGGAAGGAUUCGAGGGCAACCCCAACAUAGUUUGCCAUGCCGUGGGCUGCCGCAGCAACUCUGAAUGUGACUCUGGAAAAGCUUGCAUUAAUGCAAACUGCAUCAACCCAUGCAUUGUCGAAAAUCCUUGCGGCACAAACGCAGAGUGCUACACCUAUGGCAACCAGGCAGAAUGCAGAUGUAUGAGUGGCUACAGGGGAAACCCCCGUGACCGUUGCUUCAUCGUAGGAUGCAGAAGCAACAACGACUGCCCCAAUGAUAGAGCUUGCAUAAACGAGCAGUGUAUCAACCCUUGUGUCUAUGAUAAUUCUUGUGCCCCUAGAGCAGAAUGUAGGGUACAAAACCAUUUGCCACUGUGUCGCUGCCCACCAGGCUUCAUAGGCAACCCAUACAUCGGUUGUAGGACAGAACCACAGCCAGAAUGCAAGUACGAUGGGGACUGUCCGAGUCGACUCGCAUGUAUCGAGGAUGUUUGCAAGAAUCCUUGCACAGUAUUGGAACCAUGCCAGCGUCCUUCAGAGUGCUUGGUACUGGGUACUGUCCCAGUGCGCUCAAUGAUAUGUGUGUGUCCAAGCGGUUACGUGAGCAGCGGCAGUGGAACCUGUAAGGCGACGCCUCCUGUCACCGAAGUGGGAGUGUGCAUCGGAGACUCAGAUUGUCCCGCGGAAAAGGCCUGCGUGAGGGGGGUUUGCAAGAACCCCUGUAACUGCGGCCCGAACGCAGACUGCACGGUGAAGGACCACAAGCCGGUGUGCAUCUGCAAGCAAGGAUACGACGGUAACCCGGAGAUAGAGUGUAGCCGCGUGGGCUGCCGCUCGGACGACGACUGCUCGAACCAGCACUCGUGCGUGAACCGCAACUGUGUACCUGCGUGCUCGCCCGAUGGCAGUUCGUGCGGCACCGCCGCCACCUGCUACGGCUCCAACCACCGCCCCAUCUGCGACUGCCCUACGGGCCUGCAGGGCAACCCCAAGGUAGAAUGCAGGGUCCUCGGAUGUCGAUCCAACUCCGAGUGUCCGAGCAACAGGGCAUGCAUAAACAGCAAGUGCUUGAACCCUUGCGAAGAGAGCAAGCCUUGUGCGGAGACAUCGGAGUGCCACGUGUACAACCACCAGCCCGAGUGUACGUGUCCCGCAGGUUCUGUGGGAGAUGUCGACAAGGGAUGCGAAGCAGUUGUUACUUGUCAAGGCGAUUUCGACUGUCCCUCACAAAGGGCGUGCAUUAACGACGAGUGCACCAAUCCAUGCAACGCAACAACACCCUGUGGUGUCAACACAGUGUGCAAGGUGCUGGAUACCACUCCAGUAAGGACGAUGAUCUGUGAGUGUUCGCCAGGAUACCAAGGAAAUGCAGCCAUUCAGUGUGAUGCAGUUGCAGUGUGCGGGUUCGAGAAGGGUUACAUCCGAGACAACCUGGGUAACUGCGUGUGCCCGCCAGGAACUGGCCUCAAUGAGAAUGAGGAGUGCGUGAGAUGCUCAGAAGACAAGGGUUUCAAGGUGGAUGAGCGAGGAAGAUGUGUGUGCAACUUUGAGCGUGGCAUGGUGCUCGAUGAGCGAGGAAACUGCGUGUGUCCUGUCGAUUCUGGCUACAAGCUGGUCGGAGGAACCUGCGGUCCACAUGAUGUAUCAGCAUGCAGCUCAAAUGAACAAUGUGCAGAAAAUGAGCACUGCGAUGCCAUCAAGCAGAUGUGUGUGAAUCCGUGUGAAGAAAAUAAGUGUGGUAGCAAUGCUGUGUGCAAUGUAACCAACCACGUGGCCUCGUGCAGCUGCAUUCCUGGGUACAAGGGUGGUGAUGGACAGACAUGCACCAGUACUUUAUACCGCACAGACUUCCCACGACCAGACAUGGUGGUGAGCUGUCUGUCAGAUGGAGUGCAGGUGGAAAUACACAUCACGGAGGCGGGAUUCAACGGUGUGCUGUACGUUAAAGGACACAGUAAGGAUGAGGAGUGUCGACGUGUGGUCACCUUGCCACCCGAUUCUGGCUCGCGCACCGAGAUAUUCAAGGUCAACUUUGGAAACUGUGGCCUCAUUCACGUGAAUGGACAAGCCAGCUUUGUCUUGGUGAUCCAAAAACAUCCUAAACUUGUGACGUACAAGGCGCAAGCAUACCACAUCAAGUGCGUGUACCAAACAGGAGAGAAGAAUGUGACCCUUGGAUUCAAUGUAUCCAUGUUGACGACAGCUGGAACAAUUGCUAACACUGGUCCGCCACCAACUUGCAUUAUGAAAAUUGUCACUCAAACAGGACAGGAAAUCAGCUCAGCAGAAAUUGGAGACAACCUACAGCUUCAAGUUGAGGUUCAACCAUCAACUAUUUAUGGUGGUUUUGCACGCACAUGUAUUGCAAAAACCAUGGAGGACAAAGUGGAGAAUGAGUACCUAGUUACGGAUGAAAACGGCUGUGCAACUGACCCAACUAUAUUUGGUGAAUGGGAUUACAACCCUGAGACACAGUCCUUGGUUGCGAGCUUCAAUGCUUUUAAAUUUCCAAGUAGUGAUACCAUACGGUUCCAGUGCAACAUAAGAGUAUGCUUUGGGAAGUGUCAGCCGGUGAACUGCCGAGGCUACAACGCAUUUGGUCGUCGCCGACGACAAGUCGAACAGCUUCCGAGGAAUGACUCUGAUGGGGCAGUAGCUGAGUCAGUGUUGCACGGUCAGCUUCGAGAAGAGAUCACAAUUGAGUCUAAUGCUAUUCUUACAUUAGAGAGGCGUGAAGAGUCACGACUCAUUAAUCCAACAGAAGCGCCAACACUCCAGCAGACAGAGGACAUCUGCGUGUCGAUGAUAGGGUUCAUCAUCGCGCUGGUGAUCACCGCCCUGCUCGCGCUGGUUGCCGUCGCGGUGGCAGUGUCGUGCUGGCUCAUGGCCUACAGGAGGAGGCCGAAGACCACGGGGCCUCUGCCCCAUCCUCCGGAGUUCCCCAACCCGCUGUUCACGACGCCGGAUCCCGUCGCCGAGCCAUCGCCAGAUUAUCUCUCCUAGAAAGAUCUCUCGAUGCAAUCAAACCAAAAAAUUAGUCAUCAAAACAUAGACUGCGACUGAACACUAUUAUAUAGUCCCUAUUUAUGACGUUAGGUACCCCCCUUUUUAACGACGUAGCUCCGAAAGUGUCUUCCGCAUCUCGAAUUGAUCACAUUUCGAAGUGCUAACUAGCUCGACAUAAAGUAGCGAUCGCCAUCUCCUGCUCGUGUCGUAUCUCAAGUAGAUUACCUAUGUGUGGGAGAAUGAACUAGUGUACGUUUAUGAAAAUACAUUCUUUAUCAAAGGAAAUAUGUAAGCAGUAUUUAAAUUCAUAGUAUGAUAUAAACUGAUACUGAAUGUAUUUUCACCUGCUCGACCUCCUCCUCCGAUGGCUUUAGGGUAAUGAACCAUAGAUUAGUGCUUGAACGUCUGCACUUGGUGAUGGGUUUUACGAAUACAGUCAUAAACUGCCAUCACAGUUAUUUCCGUCCACUUUCGUGCUGCUUAUGUUUCUUAAACAAUGUAAAUAAAACAUUAAAGCAUUGGUGCUAACUAAUAAUGCUCAUUUAACAGUUUAUUUUAUGUGAUCAAAAGUAUGCCCACUAAGAGCCAUUGGAGGAUCAGGAAUACUUUAUACUAUAAAUAUUUUUAUAUAUAUAAUUGUAAAAAUCUAUGUGUGAAAGAUGUCAGAGUGAUUCUGUGAGUUGUUUCUCUAACUAUUGUUGAGAGUUCUUGUAUCUGUUGCCAUCAUUGAAACAGAUGUGAAAGAAAAUGUACUAGGAUUAGAUUUAAUUCAAGUGUAUGAAUUCAUGAGAAAGUUAACACAUAAUGUGCUAUACUUUUUCUAAUUAUGCUUUUGUAAAUACAGAUAUCUAUACAGUCAUAAUACAAAUAAUGCUUCAUGUCAUAACUCCAUUAAAAAAACUCCACAAUCAUUGUAAAUUUUAACAUAAGGAUUUUUAUACCUAUUUGUGAUGAGAAAAUAAUUAAAAAUUGCUAGUGGAGUUGAUAAAAAUAAAACAUUUGCAUAUAUAAUUCAGUUUAUAAAUAUUAUAUCUAACAAUGUCAUCCUUUAAAUCAGUACAAAAUUUAAUGUCUAGGAUCAAAGGUAUUUGUUUUGUAAAUAUUUGUCUAAAUUUUUACUUUUUAACUUUGUGUAAUAAAAUUUACUUAUAUCAUUUAAAAUUUCUAAUAACUCUACAAAAUUUGCAAUAAUUUUCCUUUCAAUUUUUUAACUUCAACUAUGAUAUUUUUGGAGUAAAAAUACAGAGUGUACAUGUAAUACAUGAAGUUUCUAAAAAUGUGAUAUGUGUUUAAUAAAGAAUCUUUAAUAAUAA